CCGUGCUCACAGCUGGUGGGCAGUCUGACUCACUCUCUGCACCACAUGCCAUACAGGGCUUCAGUUUGUGUACAAUGCAUCAUGGGGGGAGAAAGGAAGGAGAGGAGGAGAGAUUGGCAGAAAAUAAGCAAGGGCAUUUCAUGUUUUGUUUGUUUCCAGGCUUAAUUUGUCAGUUCAAGAGAAAAUUCUUCCAGCAUGGUCACUGCAAAUAUUUUUAUUUUGAGAAACCCUCAUACCUUAGUCUUACCCUGAACCAGCCAAACAGAGAUAAGAUGCAACUGAAAACAGUGCAACCAUGUGAUGCCAGGAUGCUGCAAUGUCCUUUUAGCUUCAUUGAAUACCAUUUUCUCUGGAGUCUGUUUGACAAUGUUAAUCUUUGAUGAGCCCCUUUUCUGCCCACAAUGAGUGCAAAACAUCAACAAAGAUGUAUAUAAAUGAGUAUUUAAAGAUAUGUAUUGUUGAGGAUUCGUUUGUUGCAGGGUUAAUAAACACAAGCCUUCUUCCUGUAGUCCUUAUUUCUCAUAUUUUGGAGGUCCCAAGAGGACAUGAAUUCAUAUGUUUUAUUUCCUCAGUUUUCACAAGAUCAAUAUGUGGUUGUAAACAGAAAAUUUAAAGUAUUUUUUCUUAGCUUUUGAUCAAAAACCUGGUUCCCUGUCAUGAGAUAUUAAUUCAAGUCAUCAGAUAAUAAAACAUAUUUUCUUGUGAUAACGGGAUAAUUAUCAGGUGGUCUACAAAACAAAACAAGAGGCUAAUCACAGUGGAAGAUCAUGUGCCAGGUGUAAGUUAAGUCUUUUUAUUUCUUCCUUUUUUCCCUUUGUAACAACCAUUAUCACAGAAGAGCUAUCUCUAUUGUCUUUUGGUAACACAAUAAGAAACUCAAGAUCUGGAUUGAAUAACCAGAAAAUACUCAUUACUGAAAGAGAACUGAACCAAUAAAAUGUACAGAUGCAUGUCCACUUAGUGCUUCCAUGAAAUACCAUUCAGAAGCAUCAUAAAAGAUUAGCACAGAACAGUUAGUACAAAAUUGUUAGAAACCUUUUUGCACUACUCCAUAAAGACAAGUAAGGACAAUAGUAAAGGACUGAGUUCAUUCUAGGUGAAGCUUGAAACUGGUAGCCUCAGUUUCCUUGCAGUUUUCUUCUUAUUCACACUUAAACCUGCUGGUUCUUUUUCUUGAUAACUAUUAUUAUCCCACCUCUGAUUCCUUUUCUUCAAAGCAGAACAAUUCUCUUAUAUAGUAGUAUAAUAGUUUCUCCCUUUCUUUCCCGCCUUUUUUUCUUUACAGUGUUUUUGCUCUUUAAAUCCAUUUGAAACGGUACACAUUUAAAAAUACACAGCCCUUAUAUUGUGUCUAAUGUGAUCUCAGAGGGAGUCUUUCAGCUUUACCUGAGGUGUUUUUAUUAUGAAACCAUGAAUUCUUAGUAUAUACACCUAAACUGAGCAUGACGUUUCAUUAUCUACUGUGAGACAGUUCGAAUACACUCUGAGGAUUAUUCGCGGAAGACAAAUACAGCCACCUUAACAUAAAAUUUAUUAGGUACAUAAAGGAAAUUGGUUGUGGUCUCAAUGCUGAAACUGUCACAUCCAUCCAAGUUGGAUGUAUGUUUGUAGGUCCGUAUCUCAUGCUCUCACACUUCCAGUUUUGCACAGGCAGUAAUUGUUCCCAGAAUAUGUCUUUUCCUCUUUUGCCAUCACAGGGUUGGUAUUUGUGGAGUGAUUGAUGAUAAGUUAACUUCCUUCUUGUAUUUUUCAGAUAUCAAUUGUUAUCUUACAAAUGACACACAGAUUGAGAACUUUAGAAAACAAAGACAAAUGACUUAUUUUUUAGGGGAACAGUGUUGAUAAAGUGUAAAUGCCAUGCUGGAAUGUUGUGGAGCUAUAUCCAGGCCAAAAGGUUUGUUAUAUAAAAAAAAUGUGAUUAAAAAAAAAAAAAAAUGAUACUGAAAGUUCAAGGUUUGUUCUUGAAUUAAAAAAAAAUGUAUUCGAUAUAAAAAUAAGUGUAUGAAAGUUUUUACUAUUUUUUUUUAUUUAUUUAUUUUUUAACUUGACUUUAGUUUUGAUUCAGUUCUGGAAUUCUUUAUUUACUCAAUCUCAUUUUAAAGUGACAGUAGCUAAAAUGAAGCUUUUUUUUUUAAAAUCUGAAAAUCAUGUAAAGCUACUGAAGAGGUAUUGGAAAGGAAAUAUAGAGUCUGAAAAAAUUGCAUGACACCUCCGCUGUAAGAAACAAAUGGGUGAUGUGGCCGAGACUUGCUCAGUUUUAUAUAAUCUUUAACUAGGAGUGUAUUCCUGGCCUAUUGGCUUCUGUGGUAAUUCCGGUAGCUUCAUCGGUACUUUCUGCUAAGUGUUGACAACCAAAUUCUAGCUAGUGAUGAAAACUGAGAUGGCAAACAGUUAAUCGGUGCGUGUUAGUGCCAUUAUUUGAGCAUCAGUCUGCUCAUGUUAGUGUAUAUCUUCAAACAUUGUGUGGCUUCAGAGGGCUGUUGGCAUGGCUGUACACUCUUGAGUCAUUUGAUUAGGCACAUGUGACAUCAUGAGCAAUGUGACAUCUCCAUUAUCAACACAGGUUUAAAUGUGACACACCCACCUACCACCACCACCCUAUGAAAUGAAUGAAGACUUCUGAAUGAACAGCACAUUCAGUUCCCUUUGCGGCAGCAGUUCAUUAUGAUUGUCAAAACCUGCUGUGCAACAUUAGAAACUGCUAUAAUUGAUGCAGCAGGUAUACCACACGUACAACAACAAAGGAAUUUUUAAUGAAAGUAUUUAAUUACUUUUCACAAAUUUCAAUAAAGGAUUCUUGUACAAUUACAUUAAUUUUCUUGUCUCUCUCAGUGCUCUUCCUGUCUUGUCCAUGCAAAGCUUGAUAACAGUAAUACGUAGCAGAUGGAAGCAUGGUCUGUCUCCCCCUUCCCUUGUUUUCCUUCCUCGAUGUUGUAGGAAUAUGUACAGCAAACAUGGGGGAUGGUUGAAACCCUGUGAGGAAAUGUGUUCAACCCCCAUCAUAGCAAACAAGAUACUAUUUGAACACAUGAAUUCAUAACUAGAAUAGAAAUAACAGAAUUCAACCAUCCCCAUCUUAUGCUGCUGGUGUGUUUCUUAAAAAACUUUAUCACAUUUGGGACAAAGUUAGACAAAGUAUUGUAACUCCAGAUUUCUGUGGAAGCCAGAUACUGUUGAUAAUUCGAGGACUGUGGUAGCUAUUAGCUAAACAUGCAAUACUGUGUGAGUAAACAUACUUGAUGUCACAUUUAACCCUAAACAACCACCCUGAAUAAGUGAAGUAUGUAGACUAUGUUUUCAGCAUUAAAACAUGAAGUCAGUGCUGUCUACAAAUUCGUUUUUUUUACUAAAUGUCUUUCAGCUCUUCUUGGAAAACAAGAAUACAAAGGUUGGAGGAAAACAGUUGUUCCUUUCUCAUGAACAUAUCUCCAGAAUCCCUGCCCGAUGAAGGAAACAACAGAUCCACAGAUACCAUCUUGUUAACCAUCUAAUUUCUCCCUUAUUAAGCGUCUUUGAGUGUUUUUAGAAGCGCUGUACAAAUAAAAUGAAUUAUUAUUAUUAUUAUUAUUAUUUCUACAAAUGAGGAAAUUGUUUCACAAAAAAUCCUUCUAUUUACAUUUUCAAUUCUGCUUUCUGUUAAGACAGGGUACCUACUGUUCUGCUAUCAACGAACCAGCUGUAUAAUACCCCCCAGGUUAUUUUUCAUUUCUGAUCAUUUAAAAUCAUUUAAAGGAAAUAUCUGUGUAUGUCUCCUACCAGCAGCAGAAUCAAUCUGAAUGGGCCAAGUCCGGUUUGAAGACGAAAUGACACUGAUCUCAUACUCAUUCCGGCAUGCAUCAAUCUUCCUCCUGAAAUACCCUCUAAAAACAGUAAAAUACAUCACUGAAUGUGCAAGGCUACACGCUGGAAUAAUACCUUUUGAGGCUUUUGUGUCUGCAUGUCCUUUGGGAAUUACAGAUAAUACAUUUAUGUAUGUAGCCUUUGUACAUUUGCAGAUUCCCAUAAUUAUAACAGGAGUUUACAGUGCGCUUUUUCAAUAUGACCUGCCAUACAAAUUACUAAAGAUCUCCUCCCAUUACGUGUGUCAGUCUGUGCCUCAUGAAUAGACUGUGACAGGCAGUGUGUGGGAUGAACCUUUGAUGAAUCUGGACGUGCAACCGCCUAUUCCUGCCAGAGUGAAAAGGCUGAAAAUACACAACAAAAUCUAUUUUAUCACAUUUGGUGUUCUAUGGUGUUACUCACCGAGAUGAAAUGGGCAGUCUGCUCAGUCGUGCUGACAAUAGAGAUGAGGCUGGCUCUAGCUUCAUUAGUGUCCAUACCAGGAGCAUUACAUUAUCACACUGGUGAAUAUUUGGGAAGUUAUUAAACCAAAAUUGUAUGAGCAAUUUUUUCUAAUAUGGGCUAUUUUUGUCAUGUGACACACUGGAACACUGAAAUUUAAGAGAGACUUGAUUAUAUGAAUUGAUGUAGAUCCAGCUAACUACAUUGGAGGAUAUGUAGAGAGAAGGGGAGUUUAGGGAGGUUUUUCCCGCUGAAGUUUUCUAAAAGGGUCAAAUAAUGACUAUCCAUACAGUACUGCACAGUGCUGCUCUCACAGACCGACACAGUGCUUUUUAUCCGUCUGCUCUGAAACAAAGUUGAGGCAAAACUUUCUGCUAUGUGACUCAUGAUAAAGCCCCUUUUCUCAAAUUCUAUCUUUUAUUUAGUGAUGACUAUUAGAGGUAUAGCAAUAAUAGAAGUAAAAUUUGAGCAAAAUAUUACUGACCUGUACCAGACAUGACUUGAAGGAGUAUACUAAAAUAAAAUAAAAGUCAAAAAAAUACUAUUAAAAUACAAAAAAUUUGGCACCAAAGAGAUUUCUUGAACUGUUUCUUUUAGAAGAAACUUACAGUAUGUUCAUAGCGGGACAUGAACACACAUGCAGAGGACACUAAUCUCCGGAGGAUAUACUGCUUUAGUAGUUCACUGUGUGUUCCUUAUUAUAGUGUCUGAUUUAAACUGUUGGAGUGUCUGAUUUGAAAAAGUAUUGCAGUGAUCAAUGAACCAUUCCCCAUGAGUACUGGAGACAUUAGUCCACCUCAGUUGUGUCUAGUGUGUUUAGUACAACUUAAAUGUGAGAGCGGCAUCAAGAAUUUUCCUGAAUAUUUCCUCACAACUUCUACCUCAGACAAGGUUUUUGCAUGGUGUUGCUCCACAGUGGCAUUUUAGAAGCCUUUGGAAAUUAAAAGUAAAAAGAGAAAGUUGGAAUAAAAUACAAACAGUUAUAGAGAGUCUUUAGGUUCAAGGUCCCUGCCAGUGGUUAAAGUCUACCUCUGUCCCUUUUGGUUCAAUUCAGUCAGAACAUGAAGUACAUUGCUCUCUUUGGAUGAAGAUGAGGUUUCAGGGUUUGCUGAGUAAUCUGUAUCAUACAUACAACUGUGGGAAAAGGCAGGAUACUAGGAGAGUUAUAUUUCUCUUCAUUAUUUGCUCUUUGCUGAGGCACAGUCCAACAAGACAUUCAAUAACAGGUUAGGUUGCUAUGCAAAUGAUGAAGGGACAGGAAUGAGUUUAGUCAACACAAAGCUAAUGACAGGUAUGAGUCAACAACAAAUAGUAUCCAGAUAUUUGAGAUAUGCAAAUGACUUACCUGGGGAACCUUGUCAGAACAGUUGCUUUUGUCUGUAGGCAGAAGCAAGUGAUUGGCCUUUUAGGAGUUUUCUUUAAAUAUUAUUUGAGUUAAGUUUGAAGGAACACGUAAACUUUCAUUUUUAUGUUCACACCCAUGGUUCAUUGUCAACAUACAAAGCCAAACAGGUUUUCUGGCAACGCUAUAGUUGGUCAAAAUGCUCAGGCCUUUUACCAUUCUAACUUUGCUUUAACAGUAUCAUCUUGCUAACAUACUUAAGCUUUAUCCAAUGUCCUUGUGAAUUUGAUACUAUUACUCUACUGAAGUAAUGUCAUUGCACUUAGAUACAAAUAACUGACCAUAGCACUGGCUUCUAGGGUUUAUCGAGGCUACUGUGUACAUCUGACCAUUUGCUUUCUGCUGUAUUUACUCUGCAGUAGGUGUACGCUCAAAAGACUGACACGAUUGGCUGAAAGUUUAACCUUGACCUUUGUGAGUGAGUAACAAUGACGUGCACUGCUAUGUUCAGUGACAGGACUUGAGGCUUAACAAACAUGGCCAACUUAAUGUGACUGUGGGGUCUAAAGCUGUGACCCCCAAAUGACCUUUCCUCUGUUUACCCUCUGCGCAUGUGUUCACACUGUCAGUUCCAAGAGCAGACUAUAUACUAUGGUCGCUUAGAGAGCUCAUUUAAGCUCCUUUACAAUGAAACUACUGCUUCAUUAAUGGGUGCAAUAUUUUGUGACAUCAUUGUAAAUAGUUCUGAGUGGGCAAAACAAAUAUAAGAUGACUAAUAAAGGUUGUUACAAAGCUGUCUUUUAACAGACAGAGUCCAAAUUUGUAAAUAAACUGAGGAUAGUGUUGUGAGAGAAACAGUUUUAAGGUGAAGAUCAGUUUCACAAUUGUUUCAUAAUUUAUGCUGUUCGAUAAAGAAUCUGAACAGGAUCAGCUUGCAGUAUUGUUAAAAAUAUGUUGGCAAGCAGGUGGGAGCUUCAAUUCAUUCUCGUAAUUUAUCAGUGAAUUUGUUUAUCGAUUGAGACUGAUGGAGAUCUAAGGCAGGACAGUUAUUUAAAAACAAAUUAGUGGGUCUCAGCGUUACUUGAGUUAUCAUAUGAUUUAUUUUUUCUUCCAUUAAACAUCAUUUUGUUUAAUCUUUUUCAUCAGGUUUAGUUACUUAUCUAUGUAUAAAUUUUCUUGAACUAAUUUAAAAGCACUGUCAAUACAGCCUGCCUUUAAUGCAUAUUUUAGAGACUAACCCCUCGAGAAGAGGUCCAGGUUUAGGAAGAGUGCACAGAACAUUUGCAGGUUUAUAUCUAUUUUUGGUUUUCUUCUCUGAAUGGUGUGCACAUCAAAUUCUUGUCAAAAUAGAUAAAACUAUUGAUCACACUUGGAGGAAUAGUUUCUAGGCAUGUUUUGGUUUUUAUAAUCUUUUUUCAGUUUCUGAACAUACACAAUAAGAUUAAAAUCAACAAGCAACAUACUGUAUAAACACAUUUUGAAUGGCAUUUUCACAAGACCAAAUUGCAAAGACUUUACAGGUUUGACAUGUCUACACUAACUUUAAAUUAGACUAAAGGACAUAAUAAAGAAUAAAAGAGUGGAGAAAAAGCAUGGUUUCAAUAAACAGUAAUUAUAAAAGCAAUAAGUAUUUAUUUUCUCAAAAUAAUUCUUGGAUCAUACCUUACAUAUGUCUGUUUUUUUUUUAAGUUAAGGUCUCCAUGUAUAAAAGAUUAAAAUUCAGUUGUAGCCAAUUUCAGUAGUAGUUCAUGAAAUGAUGCCUUUAGGAAACAUGAUAAUAAGACAUAAAACAUGAAUAAAACAUGAAUAAAAUAUGGUAAGACAUCUGUGGCUUUUUGAUUCUGUAAGUCUCCAGAAUGUCCUUGUAACUGGACAUGAAUAAAAUGUGUGAUUUAUCAUGUAUUCUUUAUUUCAGAAUUUCACAUUGUAACUAACUUAAGCAUAGAAAAAAUACUGUUUAUUGCUGUAGACUGAAGGUAUUCUAUUUUGUCAAGAAUGGUAAUCAUGCGACGGUUCCCCGCGGAGUACAUUUUCAGUGACACACAGGAAAUGAAUGUGACCAAGUAGCACCGAUGUUGCCAUGACAACAGUGCCUGGCUCCUAGGAAGUUUGUAUAGAGCUCCUCUGAUGUAGAAUUUCUUAGCGAACAAAACUUAGCUCAAGAAAUGACCUCCGAAGCAAAUUUUGUCUACAUUGUCAGGCAGUUUUUCCAUGCUAUUGAAACAGACGACCUUUUCAGUUCCAAACGUGUUUCUCAGCGGUUUUACUGUGAAUUGUAAACCAGCCGUGAACAGCAAACAGAAGUUAGCUAAAUGGAGCCGGAGCGGACUAAAGGAACCUCAAUGUGGCCUCGAAAAAACAGCAACGAGAGGACGUUUCUUUCUCCAAUGGUAAACUCAGCAACUCCGGGUGAACUUAACAAAAAAUUCAAAACUGAAAUUCCCAUUAUUUCAAGUUAAAGCCUCAAAGUCAGCCGGAAAGUUAUCAGAUUUCAGUGAACAUGCUUCAAAUUAUUAUUUUUCGGCUUUUAACACCCAGUAAAUGAUAUCUUAUCAUAUUUUUUUGCAGAUUAACAGCUGUAAAUUGCACCACACAACUGUUAAGCCAACAGUACUAGAGAGAACCCAGAGAUUGGUAAGUAUAAAGAAUAAAUAUUAAAACAUUUUUCAUUCACAAAUCCUCAGUUUUACAAACUAUCAACACAACUAAAAAGAAAAAAACGACCAUCUUUGUUAAAAGAUAUAAAUAAAAAAGCAAGAUGCAGUUAGCAACACAAUCAGUACCAACUUUUAGACAGAUGGUCACAAAAUGAAAACAUAUUUCAGGCAGUCAGGCAACCCAAAUUGCCUUUGAAAGGACACAGCUGUGUAGAAAACACUUAUGUGUCACUGAGCCUUUACGCCAGUGGUUCUUAAGUCCAGUCCUCGAGGCCCCCCUGUCCUGCAUGUUUCGGAUGUUUCCCUGCUCCAACACACCUGAUUCAAAUGAUCAGCUCGUUAUUAAGCCAUGACAGGGCUUGAUAACGAGCUGAUCAUUUGAAUCAGGUGUGUUGGGAAACAGCAGGGAAACAUCCAAAACAUGCAGCACAGAGGACUGGACUUGAGAACCACUGCUUUACGCUACUCCCUCUAUCAUUUGUUACUUAACUUUUUAAAAUGUUUUUUUUUUAAACGUAUUUAUUUAGGCAAAGAAUAGCGAAAACUAGAGAGCUAGUUGACAUUGAAUCUGCUUUCUAUGAUGAUGUUGUAUUAAAUCAUAUAAAAUCAUCAACAUUAUGGCUCACAUCAUGUUCUUUAGUAUUCAUACAUCUAUUAACACAAUGCUCAAAUAACCCAAUACUCUGAAAAAGCUUUUGGUGGCAUGGGUUUUUCUGUAAGUUAGCAGUUGGAAAGACUUCAAAACCAAUGAAUCAUGUUUUCUAAUUACAGACUGACUCUUGUAAAGAUCUACUAAAAGAAACAAACAUGAAUACCACCCACACAAUAUAUCAUUCCAACCCUGAACAAGGUAAGCCUGAGCCAGUCCACUCCUUUACAAACUUAUCUCUACCAUUGUACUGUAUAUUCAGAAGCUAAGGAAUGUAAACAACCUACCUGUCUUUUACUAUUCAUUUUACUGAGUGUACCAUAUCCUCUGUAGAAAUCAUGUUGCGCACAUGCAGCCAGAGAGGGCUUGUCCAGACAUCUCUGGUGCCAGAAUUUUCCUGUGAGUCAACAGAUUCCUUUGCACAUAAUCCAGUGCGUUUCGAGGCAAAUUUAAAAGCUGUGCACGAUCUCAGGGAGAAAUCAAGAAGACUGGCUCACAGCACAGGAGUCACUUAUUAUGGUAAUGCCAUCUCAGGCACUGCAACAUUACAUCAAUUACCAAGGAGUUUGUAAUUUGUUCUUAUUGUACUGUUUGAUAGUUUGUUUGUUUUAAAAUGUGUUGUAUGUUGCUAUUAGGUGGCUCUGGGAGACAAAGGCACAGGGCAGUUCCUGGUUUUCCCUUCACUGAAAGGCCUCAUGACUCCUUUGAAUCCAGUUUUCAAAGAAUUGACUUGGACAGGUACCUCUGCCUUAUUUAUGUUUUUUGGAACAGCACUAAAAUAAUAAGAUUUUCACGUCAGGGGGUUGCGAUGUCAUGUGUCACAGCAAACUCUGUUGAUCUGUACCUGCUGUGUAUUUUAUAUUCCCUUUGUCAUUCCUUUACCAAAAAGUUUUGUUGAUAUGAUGGACUCAGACUGGCUAUCACAGUAGCUGCAGCACAAUUAAUUUGGCUUUUGCAUGAAAUGGCAGGUGCUCAUGUUUGCCACCAGGGAGCAGCAAAGUCCCUCAUAACACCCACCCCUGUCUCUACAGAUUUUGCUGACAAAGACUUUCUCUACUUGAUGCCAAGCAGAACUAAGCCAAUCAUUUUGAACAGGGAAAUUCUUACCCAGUAAUUUGCAUUAUUAGAUUGCAUGACUAAAAGUAGUAUACAAUUUUUAAGGUAUAUAAACUAACUGCUGACUGGUAAAGAUUUAGUCUUAAUUGUGCUUAAUGUGGUUUUAAUGUUUCAGGCGCUGUCUGGAGGAGUGCCCCCAGCUGGGCAAUAUGGAUGAUCUGCAGUUUCUGAACCUUCAGCAUAAUCUAAUCACUGCUAUACAGGAUCUGUCCCAUUUUCAAAAGCUAGUUUUUCUCAACUUGUAUGACAACCACAUCUCUGACAUGACUGGCAUAGAAAAUCUGAGGUCUCUGAAGAUCCUGUUGCUGGGGAAAAACAGGUCAGUGGAUUAGUAGAGAGUAGCAUUUGUUACAGAGAUAAUAUUUAAGAGUUUAAGAGUAGCAUUUUUUACAGAGAUGAUAUUUAAGAGUUGAUAUAAACAGCUGUGGUUGUGGUUCACAUAUUGGUUUUAUGUAAAAUCUAAUCCUAAAACUUUACAAGUCAGCUCGGAAAUCUGUAAUGAAGAAGUUCCUUUAUAAGUUCCUUUAAGAGUCCAUAGUUACAUUUCAUUUGUCACUUUAAAUACAUUAUGGUCCUUAGUGGUUCAAACUAAAUGUUGACACAGUUUAAUGAGUGUUUUAAAACUGCUGUAUGUUUGGUUUCCUGUAAUGUAUGUUUUGCAUUAACUCUUUUUUUUGUAUGUUUGUUGGGCAGAUCCACUUUCCUCUUUUUGGAUCCUAAUCCAAGUUACAUUUUCCAUUUAUCUCAUGUCUUUGUUAUUUUUAUUCAGGAUCCAUAACAUAUGCUGUCUGGAAAGUCUGUCCAAGCUGAACAUCCUGGAUUUGCAUGACAAUAAGGUACUUCUCCUUCACUAUCUUCCCUCCUAGAGGAAAUGUGUGUUUAGUCUGCAUUUUAAUUAUGUAAUCGGAGGUCAUGAUCUUCAGCAGUGGAGGUGGAUUGUCUCUUACACCUCUGUCACCCUGUAGUUUGCUAUGUGAGAUGCAGUUCUCUCAGUGCUAGAGUCAAACAAACAUGGCAGCAAGAGGCCAGGCAUGAAUAGUCACAAGCUCACACACUGUCUUUAAUAGGUCUAUCAUUAUAGACCUAUUAAAUGGACUUCACUCAGGGCACGCAUUAUAAUGAGAAUGUUUCCUUGAGUCUGUGCAACAUCUCUGAAAUAGAAAGCAGCUGUCAUGCCCAGCAUUCUUCCCUUGAUCAACGUAGCAGAGUUUUUUCGUUGUAACAAAUUAUACAGCUGUUAUGAUCAUCCUUUGCCUAACCCUAUUUUAGCUUUUAUGGACAUGUGUUCCAGUUCCCACCACUGUUAGAGAGCAAGGAAUAGAAAACCAGCAGAACCCACCAGCUCUUGUCAAGGGUCUACUCCCACAUCCAUUUCCUCAGUGACCCCAGCAUAAUUUAUUCAGCAGGCACAAGUGUUUUUAUGUUUUUAACCCUGAUGUUGUUCUGAGCUAUGCUAGGUUAUGGAGCUUUACGAUUAAUUUGUGGUUAAAUCUAUUACUGGGGCUGUUUACUUAGCCUCCGCAGUGCAGCGCGGCUCUCUGAUAUUAAAUGCCUGAGAAAACAAAUGAUGUAAGAACCACUGAUGUCAGAUGAGGAUUUUAGCAGCUCCUGGAAAGGAAAGAUAAAAUAGAAAGGCUUCCCUUGGUCAAAUUAGUGUUUUGCCAGCACGCCGCCCACACCUCUCCUUAGAGAGCGGCUCUAGAGCCCAGCUUAGACUCCCGCCCUCUCUGAUGUUGGCUGCACUUUGCAUGAGAAGGCGUCCCAAUUACUAUUCAAUGACUUCUACAGUGUUGGGUUACUCUUCUCCUUACAGAGGAGACUCUGUUACCUCAAACUCUGUCCACUUGUUGUGUUUCCUAACUACAUCUAUAAGGGUAAUUCAAAUAGUUCCUCUGAUAGUGUGACGAUUGAAUAAGUGAUGCAAAAUGAAUCCAUUUUGGGCUCAUCCUGUUUGUGAUGUAAGCACAUUGCAUUCAGAGGAGGCCAUUUAUUGGAAGGCGCCCACAGCGGAGCAGAUGAGGAAUCUAUUAUUCCAACCAGGACAGGUUGAUUUUCACUCACUGACUUUAAAACCUCCUGUUCUGUGAGCUUGAAUAACUUUUCAAUCACAUUUACUCACUAUUUCCCACUCCCACCAGAGACAUGACCACCCAAAUAUGAUGUGAAUCACUGCGCUAUAGUAAUACAAGAGGAUAUAGUCAGUGAAGUCAGAGGGAUGAAUGGUAGUUUGAUGAAUGGAUUCUUGAUUGUCUUGAGGGUCAUGGGUAUUCUGACUAUUCAGGUUGUUGUUAAGUCACUCUGAGCUGUUGGAAACCAGCUGCUUGUCCUCUUUUCAUCUGUGUGAAUGUGUUAACCUUAAGCAGUACAUCACCCUUGAUCUCUCUUCCUCCUAUCCUCGAGCAGGAAGGCUCACAUUUCUUCUUUCUUAUCUUUUAACCAAUAUGUUUAAGAAACGGGAUAUAAGCAAGCAGAAUUCAAAAGAGGAUAUUCUCUUUGGGAUAGUGCGGGAUAACUCACUCUUAGUCUCAGUAAAUACAUGUUGGAGUUGCAAAGUGACCUGACAUUUGAUGUGGAUAUUCACAGAGGAUAGUGGAGCAUGCCCUGCAGUGUCUGGAAAAUAAGGACACAUUUUUGCAGAGUAAGAGUGGUUGGUUGAUCUUGUGUCCAUGUAGAAAGAAUGACUCUCAUUAAGUAUGACUACCUCUGUCAUCAGUGAUAACUGCAGGACUGUGGGAUAUGCUGAGGCAGGAACAGAGACAUCCUCCACUCGAAGGAGGCUCCAGGCUUUGCUGUCAUUAUGUCAUAAUGGCACAAUAACACAAGGUUAUCUGUUUGUGUCUGGUCUCUGGUAAGAAAAGACCAUUAAGUUGAAGAGGAUGAUUGCUGUAUUAUUUACAAGGAACGUGCUUGAACCUAAUGUUAAUACCUCCUCCAUUUAGCAUGUCCCUCAGUCGCUCUUAACUUCACAGACAAGAACAAAUGUAUAAACACAAAUUGUCCCUUAAGGGACAGUAAUGGAGUUUGAUUAAAUUGAACUGAACUGAAUUGCACUGAAUUGAACUGAUCUGAACUGAAUUGAGUUAGAUUGAAUUGAGUUGCAUUGAAUUCAAUUGUGCUUAGUUCCACUCCCUUUCCAUUUUUUUAAAAGUUCUGUCAAAUAUACUGUGCAUACAUAAAGAUCUUAGUUGAAUGAAAAAACACUUUUGAACCUAAUACACGCCUAAUUCACGAUGUGUAACAUAAAAUACUUCUUACUUCAGAGCGUGCAGAGGUGCUAUGUUUUGUACUGACAUAGUCUUUUACACUGAAGCCUGUAUGGUAAGAACACAGAGCUUCAGUCCAGGCCUAAAUUAAUCUUUACCCCCAGAGUAGGGCUGGGCAAGAAACUGAAAAUUUACCGAUACUGAAAUUUACGAAAAUAACAGACAUAAUUUUGCCCAUGUCAAUAUAUUAGGUGUCAGAAAAAUAAAUAAAUAAAAGUUGGUUUUGGAUUGGAUGUGUGUAGGUAGGCCAGUGGUUCUCAAGUCCAGUCCUCGAGCCCCCCGUCCUGCAUGUUUUGGAUGUUUCCCUGCCCCAACACACCUGAUUCAAAUGAUCAGCUCGUUAUCAAGCUCUGUAAUGGCUUAAUAACGAGCUGAUCAUUUGAAUCAGGUGUGUUGGAGCAGGGAAACAUCCAAAACAUGCAGGACAGUGGGCCUAGAGGACUGGACUUGAGAACCACUGAGGUAGGCUAUGGUCUCAUGUCCCUUUGAAACGCUGUCCUACGUCAGAGACGUGACUCCACCUUUAUCCAGUUCGUAACAAAGAGGGAAAGACAGGUGAGGAGAUGGAGGUGGUUCAAAAGUUGUAGUGGCCGUAGCGGCGGCUGAAGUAGAUGAAGUUAAUGUGGGAGGGGGUGAGCAGCUUGUGGAGUAAUUAUCGUCCAUUUAUCUUUGAACUGCUUGAUAUAUUGUGAUAUUGAGUUGAGGCCAUAUCGCCCAGCCCUACCCCUGAGGUCUUUUUGUCCUGUCUGGGCAAUAAGUAUGUUUUUUUACUUCAUCUUCAUUAAGCAGGAGGUUGUUUUGCAUCAACAUGCUGCUUUGUGUGCAUACCUUCCCAUUUUUUUUAACCUCCAAUUUUCAGAGGUACCAUUGUGCUGCUUGUGCAUGACAGUAGCAUGAAAGUAUUUAUAUCAUUAUGACACCACAGUUUUACUUUGUGAAGGCUUUUCAAUGAAGUGCAAUGAUUUCCACAUAGCCUUUGAUUGGAUGGUGUUCAGAGCAGACAAACUCAGCUUGAUCUUUUUCCUUAGCAGUGCUUCCACCUGUAAGUACACACCUAUUUUGUAAAAAAAAAAAGAGUCAGCACUGCAUAGCACUUUCUUUUGUUGAAUCCUGUUUUAGUUUUGUAGAUUUAUUAGCAUAACACUAGUAAUAAUGUUUACACUUUCCCAUUCCUCCUCCACUUUCUCCCUCCUUUAUCCAGCCUCUGGUGCAGAAGAUAAGAGGAAAAAAACACAAUAAGAAUAGAGUUGCAAAUGGAAUAUAUUUGUGUUAAAAUUUGCCAUUUGUGAAUAUUUUUAUCACACAUUAACUCCAUUCGUAAAAAGCUGAUUUUUUUUUUUGCUAGUCUGUUUUUCAGCAGACAAGACCAGGAUGCUAUUCUCAAGGAGCGCUGCUUCUCAGUAGAGAACAGGAUGCUUAUGUUGGAUGAGAUACAAGACAGCACACAAACAAUCUGUUUGGGAAAGAUAGGGCAUUAAAACAUCAAUAACCUCCCAGGUCAUUCCAUUUCAAUAACAGAGGACCCCUCAGAGGAAGUGAAAUUAAAACUGUUUGUCUAAGUGCGUAUAUCUACAGAACUGUGCGUCAUGCAAUUUUGCUUGAGUUGCCUAGUUAAGCUGAAGGAGUCCAUGUGUUUACAAAGUUUCUUGGUGAACUAUUGAGAGAGAAUCUUAUCAUCUUUAGUUUAAUGUAAUGUUAUACAGCAACGGUUUAUGCUUCUUUGUGUAGAGGUAUGCAUUUUUAUUUGACUAGUAUAAGGUAUCUUAACCUAUAGAGAGUUCAAAGUCAUGAUGCCAUCGAGAUGAGGAUAAGUCAUUGAGGAACUCCGAAUAGCGCUAUAGUGAAUCAAGUCAAUUAGAGUGACAUGACAUGUUCGACAUAAUAAGUCCAAAUGAUCCAGAAGUAAAUCCUAUUUUACUGUUUAUGCUACUUUUAUAGUAAACCUUUGGCGAUAUUCCUUUGACUUUGAACUGCAGUAGUCAUUAGGUAUUGUAUUUUGACAGAAUCUUUGAACCCUCGCUGCCCUUUGAACCCAAUCCUCUGUGUACAGUGUGCACUUUGGGGGGCAAACACAUCACUCUCAGGGUAACAGCUACCAGGAAUUCUUCAGAAGUAUUUUAAGUGUAAUAAUGACCGGGGCCUCUAACUACCCUCCUCCAAAAAGGGGAGGGGGCAGAAAUGGGUAUCAUCUCACCCAAUGACUGACCCUCAGCUGGUUGUUUGUUAUUAUGAUUUGGGAGGUGAAAUAGGGGUCAGGGUUUGAUAUGGCUGACUGUUCAUUGAGCAUCUAUGAUGAUGUUUUUGGGUACAUGAGAGGAGUUCAAGUAUCAUAGGUAACAGUGUAGCUUCAGGGGCUUUUUUUUAUCUCUAAAACAUUGAGCCUAAUGUUAUUUUAAACUCAUGUGAAAUAUGUGAUAAUCUUAGAAACAGGAGUUGAAUCAGAGAGUGAGCCCUGAAUGUGUACUGUUAUGUGUCUUACAAACUGCCAUCCCUGCUCCCCCCUGUGUUUUCUGUUUACAGUAUGAUUAUCCAGAUUGCUGUUUUGCAUAAUUUAAUGUUCUACUAUCUUUGUCUCACUGUGUUUUCUUCCAGAUCUCCAGGAUAGAAAACUUGUCUCACCUGAGAGAGCUGCAAGUGUUGAACUUGGCAGGAAAUGGCAUCUCCAGGGUUGAAAACGUGCAGGGCCUGAACAGUUUGACUGAACUCAACCUGCGGCACAACCACAUCUCUGUCUUGGUGAGGGGCCUUUUUACUUUUUAACUUAAGUUUUAUGCAUUUCCUACUCCGCAUGCUCAUUGUUCAGCUUCAUUUAAAGGGAAAUAAAUCAACUAGUCAGAGUGAACAUAACCUCAAACAAGACAGGGGUUUCUGCCUUUUCUCUGUGUGGCUUUAAUUCCCUUCAAAUUGGAGAUAAUUUUUACAAAGUGAAACAAUUGUUGGAAAAUAGAUGCAAACUUAAAUAGCUUUUUUUACUUGCACCUGAAAGUCUGAUGAAGUAGACUCCCUAGUUCCAGGCUGUUAACACUGCAGCUGCUUGAUGGUAUGUUAUUGCUAAAAAUAGUGCUCAGUUUAGGUGACACAUUCCUCAUUUCGAUGUAAAAUUAAACAGACUCAUUAAUACUGGCAACUAUCCCGUAAGAAAAUAUUCAGGACAUAGAAGCUGGUAGCGUGCUACAUCUUUCAUCUUCAUGUCAUUCCUUUGGAUCAGGUCCUGUGGAUGGUUUCUGUUUCCUUUCUCAUGGGAUCAGAUUUGACAGUUUUUACUGUCACAAAAUAACAAACAGAAAAUUACAUCAAUGCACUCACUGUGAGAAAGGCUGUGGUGAAAUGUAUCUCAAUGGUGUUACCCAGGGAGGGGUAGCUCUUUACCCACAACCUACCGCAGUAAAAGAGAAACUGGAUAUUCAAAACACGCAAAUAACCUCCCCUUGGUUUCUAUAGUUUUAAUCUGAUAAACAGAACAGUGCACGCCAAAACAGGCCCCUUCAUUUGUAUGCAAAUCCCCAGAGCUCUUUCCCUGCUUCUUGGGGUAGAAAAUGCAGAAUCCAGCAUUGUGUUAUAAAACCUAACCCUGUCACUCAUCGUGUCCUCUGCCUGCAAGUUCUGAUCCUGAACCACUUCCAGUCGUAAUUAUCGGAUGUUGUGUUUGAUUUGAUUCAAGGGAGGGAAGAAUGUUACCCCUCAGCAGAUUCUGCGGCCUCUGUCAUUAGUGGUUUGAGCUGCCAAGUGCUUUUAUCAGGCUCAAAGUAAAUAACCAUCCUCAAGGUGUCCAGGUUUUCCCUUUCAUUCAAAGUAUGGAAAGUACUGUAGAGUCCUGGACUUAAAAAAAAGUGCUGUAAGGGGCCUAUAUUAUGUGAGCUCAGACUUGUUUAUAUUUUAGAAAAAGUUUUUCAUGCAUUUGUUUGUACCACCAUUGAUAAUGCACAUGAACAUCUUUUAGUGUACAAAACAGAGUUUUUAAGUUGUGUUGUGAUGCAACAGGACAGAUGUAUUUUGUUAACCUUUUACAGCUAAUAGUUUCCAUGUAGGUUUUAAUGGGGUCAGUUUGUAGACUUUAUCUAAGUGUAAGCGGUAUGACACCUUUGUAAUACUUUCAACCCAACAUGGAAUUAUUCUAACUACUGUGGGUUAUACACAGAUUGCCAUGUCAUAAAGCCUCUGCUGUAUACAUUUGCUCUCAGGUGGGUCUUUCCAUUGAGAAGUACUGUAAGUGAUCCUUUUAACAUUUUUUGGCAUUAGGUGCAGGGAUUUGUUUGGAAGAGCUCUGAAGUCAGCAUAAGCACUGAUAAAACAGACAGAGCAAAAAGGAAUCACCCAGAGGCAGCCAGGCUUUAUGGAUUAGCUCGAGUUUUUCCAAUGGGCUUUUCUUCUUGUGGGGUCAGUUAAUGAGCCAUACUGUUCAAUGCUGGCUCUGCUCUAGUUAGUCAGCUGUUGUCUGUCUUUGCGUUCGGGUCAUGAGUUCAUCAUAUCUUCUGAAUACAUAAUGUAGCUUGUUCUAGCUUUUUGUGGCUCAAAAAUGCACAACAGAAAGGAACCCUUCAGACUGAUUGAUUUAUGAUUAGAGAUAUCUGUGUGUUUGCAGUGCAAAAACCAAACAAAACACAGCAGUAAGCACUUAACAUUAAAUUGCAGUUCUAAUGUGUCCCCCCACAUAAUGAAUUGCAUCUGCAGUUCUGGCACACAAUACCUGAACCCAGAUGUGUGCCAGCCAGGCUAAUGCCUGAAGCUUUAUCUAUCCAAAGGAAAAACCACAAAACACCAACAGCGACUAUUAUUUGACGCCCGCUUAGCAUCCACAUGUACCUGUGUGUUUAUUUGGGCAGCUUUCAGACUCUUUAGUGGUGCAUUUUUUGCAUGCAACAGAGACAAUUGUGAUGAGAGGUAGCUCUGUUUGUGUGGAGAAAUGCUGCUGUCAGUGCUCAGCAUGAGUGUGGAAAAAGAAGACACGCAAACUGUCAGUAAUAGAUGGGUGGAGACAGGACAGUGAGGUGAAGACACAGGCAAAUAGGCACAUGAACACACUGCUAAAGGCAGACACACACACACACACAUAUACAAACACACGGCAACAAAGCUGUAACUGACCUCCUGUCAGCUCAUUGGUUCUGAUCAAUUGGGCUUUUAGAAAAAGAUCUCACAUUGGUUGGCGAUUGUUAUGCAGCACAUCAGCUCAGUGAUGACAUCAUUGUGUCUGAGACAGGGCUUCUAUAUUUAGUCUCAGACAGCUUGCAGUGGCUGCUGCUUCACCAGCAUCCAUAGACAGAGGCUGUGGGAGAGUGUAGGAGGGUCAGCUCAAGCUAGCACCGGUUAGCAUGACUUGCAGUUUCUCUAAAUGAUAGAAAACGAAGUGAAUGGCUGUACUGCUAAGCUCCUGAGUGAACAGUUCACAAAAAACCCUACAUUUUCUUAUUUAAAAUGCAAUCGAUGUCUUUAUUCUCUCUUUUUCUCCCCUUACAUUGAAAAAGACAAGUUGUGAAGUCACUCAGCCUGUUUUUACACUUAUCUGCUAAUGGUAAUUUCCUCAGUCUAAUUGUAGAGCACUGAGCGGGGAGGGCAGAAUAUUAUGAAUGUACAUUAUAAAGCUAAUUAUGAGUCUUAGAGAUUAUUCUCCUUUUGUCAGGAGGAAUUCUUCUUCUGCCUAUAGGCUUACAGUAAUGCCGGAUAUCUGUCCUGCAUCAACAGCUGAGUUUAAACCUGUAAGUUGUUGGUGAGCUCUUUUUCACCGUUAAAGUCUGUGUCACUGGUCUAAUGUCGCUGAGACUUUCACUGUAAAUGUCUCAUCUGUUGUUAGAUGCUUUUGUUAGGUGUGUUGUCUCCUUUUUAUAAAAAUAUAGUUUUUAUUUAAUUGCCAAACCUAGGGCUGGGCGAUAUGGCCUCAAAUCAAUACCACGAUAUAUUGAGCAUUUCACCUUGAUAACGAUAAAUGGGCGAUAACUACUUCACAAGCUGCUCACCCCCUCCCACAUUAACUUUGUCUACUUCAGCCGCCGCUUCAACCACUACAACUUUUAAACCAUCCUCCAUCUCCUCACCUGUCUUUCCCUCUUUGUUACGGACUGGAUGGGGUGGAGUCAUGUCUCUGACAGCGGACAGGGUCUUAAAGGGACAUGAGACCGUAGCCUACCCACUUACAUCCAAAAUUUUCGGUUUAUUGCCCAGCCCUAGGAAAACUAAUUGUUUUAAAAGCAAUGCUGCUAAUCUACACAAGAAACCACAUGCUAAAUGUUGUACAGUGUUGUACUAAUUUUUGUGCUAGGUGUUGUGUCAGGUGGUGAUUAUUUGUCAUCAGGGUGUCUUUCAAAGAAGUACUGAAUUGAAGCUGUAGCAAGAGUGUGAUGUUAUGAGGCCAAAAUAUAUUAUAUUAUUUAGAUUUCUUUGAACAGGAAAGCCUCACUGAGGUUAAAAAUCUCUUUUACAAAAGCAUCCUGACAAAGACUAGCAGAGGUAUGUUCCAACAAAGUUACCUGCAACACAUACUAUUUAUGUAUAUAAAAAAGCAAGUCAACAUAUCCUUGGUCACAUAACAGAAAUCAUCAUUUAGAGCAUUAUCCUCCUGAACCUUCAAUCUAUUGUGAAAAUUAUUUAGUAGAGACCAGCUCCCCUAUCCAAAUACUUGUGCAGUCGAUUUCAAUCUUCAGGAGCAGUGUACCUAAAACUCUUUUUACUUAUUUCAAGAGUAUGGAGACAGACAGCAAUAGUGAAUCUUGUGACUCCCUUAACUCAUUUUUCACAGAGCUAAGACUGUAGCUUUUUUAUAUUAUUAACAAUACACAAAUACAAAGGGGCGCAAGAUAAGAAUCGCCUCAUAAAUUAAGACAUGCUAGUGAUUUGGUCUACGUGUAGACAAAGCAGACCAGCCAACUUCAGCAUUCAGAGAGCAGUGAGGAGCCGGGAUCUUAAGAUUAUAUUCAUGUGCAUUUAAAAAAUCAUACGUAAUAAGAAAGUUGCUUUUUAUUAUUUAAACACAACUCAAAUAUUGGUGACGGAUGAAAUUCAAUAUUUAAAGCCUUUUUGUUUUGAUUUUGUCUCAAAUCAGAAAUCUAGUAUCCCAUAUUACUGGGAUAUUUCCUAAGAUCAGUGAAGGGAUUUAACAUACAAAAAUGUCCAACCUCUGAAAAAUAUCCUUAUUUAUAUUCUUGAUACUUUGUUGGAGCUCCUAGACUACUGGGCUGUCUGCACGCAGGCUGUGUUGACUUUUGACCUGAUAAAACAUGGUCCCAUGUCCCUAUUUUUUUUAAAUUAAAGUCUUCUAAAUACUAAAUUUAAGAAAGGAUUAUCAAAUGAAAUGAUUUCAGUCCAUUAAUGCAGUGGAUUCAGCAUCAAAUAGUGUUAAACAUCAUUUAAGGCUCUAAAAUAUUCUUGCUGAUGUUGCAUACUGUACUUCUGUGAGCAGGUAAGGAGUGGGAAUGGAUGAAACAAGAAUGAGCAAGUGUGUACUAUUUUUAUCUGCUUGUGUGGACAGGGUGUGUAGGACUGUUCAGACUCUGCGCUGCAGUGUUUGUACUUUUCUCUGCAGAGGAGCUAGCUUAGCUCCAGUGCUAGUCUGAUCUCUCCUUUGAAUGGGAACUGGCAACAGUCUUGGAGGAGGCUGCGAGGCGGUGGCUGCAUGGGCGGACGCUGACGCAGCUCAUUCAGACUGCUGCUGGGAGUGUCCUCUUUGCUUUCGGCAUGCGGAGCACCGGCCAUCUGCAAACACAUGCACACAGAGAACAGAACUUGAUUUCUCCACGCACUGCCAUCUGAUGAGUUGAGGGAUAUUGCUGAGUCCCUGCAUAUCAUCUUCUUCACUAUGCCAGCUGGCCAGCUGCUGCUCCUCCUCACCCCACCCCCUCACUAAACUCUGCAUUGAUCUUAAAGCUGAUCCUCCCUGAUGAAGAAAACACUCCAAUCCCAUUCAGCUUUCAGUGAACAAACCCAGGCUGGUGUUCUUGCUUGUUGAGGUAGAGGAGCUACAUGCUAACAGUGUGUGCAGCUGACUAUAUAAGUGUUUGAGUUAGCUUCCUGCAGCAGGAGAUCUCUGCAUUAGCGCAGCACACACUCUCUCUCCCCUCCCCCUUUCUCUCUCUCUUUCUCUCCUGCCCCUCCUCUCCAUGUGCAGACAAGGCAGCAUGCUGUAUAUGUGUGUGUGUGUGUGCAUGCGCAGGGUGGAUGGGGAUGCUGUAUGCUGGAGCCGAGAGCUGCAAGGUGACUGAGGGAAUGGAGAGGGAUACAGAGCUCUGACGGCAAUGACGAUGCAGUACCCUGUUCCCAGGCACCUUCUCCUCUUCACAUCCUUCCAUCUCUCUCUCUUCCCUCUCCCUCCUUCUCUUUCUCUUUCUAGACUGAGUUGGACCGCCUGCCCUGCUUGCAGCGCCUCUUUCUCGGCUGCAACAACAUCACCAGGUAAGCGCUCAUACGGCUUAACUCCCUCCUCCCCACAGGGCAGGGACAUGGAUAGUGGCAGGACACUACCAUGUCCACUCCCUUGGCUCUCGGCAGGGGUCUGGCCAACUAGCUGCAGGCGGAAUACUUCCAAACAAGCAAGCCACAGACACAGACACAUACACAUACCGGUGGGCUGUGAUGGUUGAUUCCUGUAACCUAGAAAAGAGCAACCUGGAUGUGUCCUUUAUUGAAGUAAUUAGCAUGCUGUUACCUAAGAGAUGGGUGUGCCGAUCCAUUAAAGUUAUCCACACAAAAGACAAGCAGGCUAAAUGAAAGCUCAAUUUUAUGACACAUUAUUUGUAGGAUGAAUAACUUGGGAGCAGCAUAGCUUGGUGAUAGUGUGUAGGAUGAAUGAGAGGUUUGUUUUAUUGCUUAGUGCAGAUAUUAGCCUUCUUUUGCACUUUUUUAAAAUAUCUGUAGUCUGCUUUUUUCUUUACUUCUCCUCCUCUGAGUCAGUAAUUGAGAUUCCAUCGAGUUAGCUACUUUAGGCUGCACACUGAAUAAGAGUCCUUUACAAUUGCUUUGUGUGCGCCUGGAGGAGGGGCCUGUGUGUGGGAUACAGGGUGGUCCAGUGUUCAUUAGCCUGCUUUACAGUCACCUUGUGAUGUGAUAGAUCUGACCUGACAUCUCAAGUCAGCUCUGUUGUUCUAGUGUCUCUGUGAUUCUGUGUCCUACACAUUGAUGCACAAAGAAUCAUGACAAAGGAAAAGCCAAGAAAUAAUCAGUUUGUACUCUGAAACUCUCCAUGACACUGUGUGAGACACUUUAUCCCAGGUGUGUUCUUGUUAUUUAACUAAUUUUAAUCACAUAUAGGCUGCCUUUUUUCCUUCUCAAAUGAUUUUUUUUCCUUUUAAAGCUGUUUGUUAAAGACAUUUUGAAUACUAACUACUCUUGUGAGUAUACCGGUGUUUCAAUCUGGCGUGUGAAACUGUUUAAUGCUGAUAGGAGAGCAGUUGUGCUCUGUUGCUAGGUAGAGGAACAGGACACACUCGCCUUAAUGGUGCAGUUAGGUGCUCGAGUAGAAGGAUGUGGGAGAAAAAGAAAACCUUAAUAAUGCCUUAAAGGGUUAUUUAACUCUUUGCAAAAUCACAUCUUUGCAGUGAUCUUCCAGGCUAAUGAAACUAAAGCAAGGCAGAACAAAUUUUAAGUCAUUUAAAAAAGUGUAGUUCUAAAAAAAAAGGGACAAAUUUUAACAGUUUCGCAGUGUUUGAACAUUUUCUUUGCAUUUACUUCUGAUUGGACCUUGGACAGCUCCCAGGGACAUAUGCAUGUAGAGUUUUCAUUACUACAUCCCAGUCAUUUCAUUAUAGUAACAAUACCCAUGAGGGCUUAUUAAAGGAUUGUAAAUGCAACGAUCAUGCAAAAUUUAUGAGAUGCAGUCCAGCACUAUUGAUAAUCUUUCAGUUUCCCUGUUAUGAUCAUUUUGAAAAACAGCCUCUUUUAUCUUUGACAGAUUCUUCCACACUUGUCUCUUUUACAAGUAAUUACAUAUAUUAGCACAGCAUUUUGUACAUGGACAAGGGCUGACAUCAUGAAUAUGUCCUCACCACAUGUUAACUCCAAGUAAACCAGGAGAAAAUGUUACUGCGAUAAGUUCAUAAUUCUUAAAUGAGUGAUAUUUCUGAAGUUGAACACAUUGUAAGUUGUGGAUUUUUUGUAUGCACCACCAGUGCUUACUUAAAUUCUACACCAGAGGUUUAUUUUGUGACCUUAAUUUUCAUCCAAAAUAAACCUUCUGGCAGAGAUCACACACAGGGCUGUGUAGGAGGUUGAUAAGCAGCUCCCAGCAAAUGAUUCAUCAGGGUUAUUAUGACAAAUUAUUAAUGAUAGACCCCACUGCCUUACAUAACGUGAAUGUGCUUUUUUAUGUCUGCCUUUGUCACAGAGUAGCCAAUUUUCUCAUCACUACCCCUGAGUCAUGUCCUGCUACCAGUUUUCCUGUAAAUUUACCAUGUUGUCUUCUGAGUAUCUUGUUAAAGCAUAACACUUUCAUGUUUGAUUGCCCCUGCAGAUGUGUUGGGUCACACUGCCUUUAUCACUGUAAAACAUUCAUUGUACCUUUUUUUUUAAUAGCAGAAAAAGUAGUGUCUAUCUGUAACGGUUGAUUUAACUGAGAUUGUUCCUCCAUGUGUCUGUCUAGAUUUGAUCAGCUAGCCUGCCUCGGAGAGUCACGCACCCUGUCUGAGCUCACCCUGGAUGGGAAUCCUGUAGCCCUGGAGACAUGGUACAAGCAGGCCGUCCUGCGCUGUGUGCUUCAUCUGAGACAGCUGGACAUGAAGCGCAUCACAGUAAGACCAAACUGUUUAUCUGUUCCUUCGGAUUCACAAGAGGAAACUGGCCACUGGCCAAUCCCUGCACAUAACAACUAGUCUUAGGAGUUUAUUUUAAUUUUAACUUUGUUUAAUAUUCCCUUAGAAUAUUAUUUUCCGGGAAAAGGACAGAAUUUUGUGCUACCACAGGGAACAUCAUACAGCAAGUUUUAUCAUUUCAUCUAGCAUGUUGAACGGCAAAGAGAAAUAUUCAUACGAAGUUUAAACAAACUCACAAAUCCAGACUGUGUUUGAGACAGUGAAUUCCUGUGUUGCCCAUACUGUAUGUGUGACUUGACAUAAACGGGAUUAUCUCACAGAUCAAUACAAACAUACAGUAUGAUGACCUUACACAUGCUGCUGUCUUCCAUUGACUGUCAACGGGGCAGCUCCAAGCCUCUGCUGUUGCCUGAUGCUAUAUGCUCUGGCCUUUGUCCUCUGGCAUUUGAGCAGCAUUUAUCUGUCACGGUUGUGUAUUAGAUCCAACAAUGCAGCAGUGAUUACACUUUGAGCAGAGAACUUAUAAUUGUCAUCUUGUUAAUUCAGACUAUCAAAACAACGAUUAUUCUCUAGCAUAAACAUGAAGUCAUAUGUUAAUAUAGCAUGUCAGCAAAGUGCUGCAGUGGAAUAUCAGCAUGCUUUAAGAGGCUGUCAUGCAAGGAGCACCCAGGUCUGAGCUUGUACUUUCAAGGAAUCUGUAAGUACCACACACCUUGCCCUCAGAACAUACUUCUGAUACUUAAAAAAGGACCUUCUAACUCCAGUAUAACCUAUUUUCAUGUUUUUACUUGAAUUUUAGAGUAUAUGUGCUCCUUAACAGGUUUGGCGAGUUUCAUGAUCUAGCACCAUCAGUAGAUGUCAUGUUUGAAGACAGGGCUAAUGUUUUAUUAUCAGACAGUUUACUUUAUGCUGUGUAAAGUUUUGAUUGGAGUGCAGCAGAGUCAGUCUGGGGCUAAACUUUCCAUUUAUUCAAACAGUGUCAUGAUUUUGCUUUGGGCAGACUUCAAAGUAGUCGCUGAAGGUGUAGAUUUUCCCUCUUAGUGAUCUGGAGAACUUGGUCUCAGUGCUCUAUGCUGUCAGUAGAAUGGAGAUCAGAUUAUGUGAGAUAACAUCUAUGCUUGGCAGACUGUCCAUUGGCAGAUUGUCCAUUAUCUAUGAAUGAGAUGAGAGUUAAUACUGCAAAUGAGGAGAUAGAGAGCUACUGUUUAACUGUUCCAGAGGAGUUUGGAUUCAGGGCUAAAAAAUGUGAUUUCAGACACAUAGCCACAAACAACAGACAGGAGAUGUCUCUUCCUAAGAAUAAGAAUAAAUUUAUUUUAGAGCUGUUAUGAGUAGAUUAAUAGUGACUGACUUUAACAUUGAAUAUGACUAUGAACUAGGGCUGGGUGAUAAACCGAAAAUAAGAAUAAGAAGGAUUUAAUUAAUCCCUGAAGGGAAAUUCAAUUGUCUGUCAAAAAAUUUACCGUUACCGAAAUUUACAACAAUAACCAACGUCAUUUUGCCCAUGUCAAUCUAUUCGGUGUCAAAAAAAUAAAUAAAAAAAAGCUGGUGUGUGUAGGUAGGCUAUGGUCUCAUGUCCCUUUAAGACGCUGUCUUACGUCAGAGACGUGACUCCACCCCAUCCAGUCCGUAGCAAAGAGGGAAAGACAGGUGAGGAGAUGGAAGACGGUUCCAAAGUUGUAGCGGCUGGAACGACGGCUGAAGUAGAUGAAGUUAAUGUGGAGAGAGAGAGCAGUAGUUAUCGUCCAUUUAUCGUUAUCAAGGUGAACUGCUCAAUAUAUCAUGAUAUUGAUUUGAGGCCAUAUCACCCAGCUCUACUGUGAACACAAUUGUUAUGUAUAGCAUGCUCAAAUAAUAAAAAAAGAGCCUUAACUGACAAGUGUUUGUUUGUGGAAUCAUCUUAAAAUUUUAUCCACAAACCUUAACACAUUAAAGUAUUUGAAAUUUGUUAUUUAACUGUAAAAUUGUUUUUGAUCGAAACCACAAGAAGCAAAUAAUCAGACUUAUGGAUUGUGUGCAGGCUUAAAUAAAGCCUUUAUUAAUUCAGAGGGAAAGCAGCCUUUGUAUUCAAUAUUGUAUUGACCCAUUCCACCCUACAGCCCACACAUUUAGGUGAUUUGUCCCAUUUAAAGUUGUCCCUCUCUCAGAAUUAGUCCAUAGAUUUGACAUACAGACCUUGCAUCUAAAUGUGUGUCCACUUGCUGACAUCAGUGCCUUAACUCUCGUGAGGCGUUUUGCUUCUAUUGAUCAGACUGAAACAACGACGCUAGCCCAUCACAGACAGCUAAAGAUCCCCAGCUCUCAGCUGCCACACUCAGAUUGUGUUGGCAGCAUUGCAUUCUGGGAGUUUUGCCUUUCCCCAACAGCUGGGCACUGUUGAUCCGAGACUGAAAAUCAGACAGAUAAUCCUGUGAUGCAGCCGGCUGGUGUGAGAAUCUCUCCCAUCCUCCACAGUGGUCCACUUCUGGUGUAGAGGACAGUCUCCCUGGCGGCAUCUUUUGUGGUUCCCCCUCUCUCUUGAAUAAUUUAAAACUCAUGAAUGGAGCGACAGUCUGAUUGCACAAGCGCUGUCUUUCAGGACGAGGAUCGGCGCAUGGCUGGUGUACAGGCUCGAAAAGAGGAGGAGAAGAAGAAGGAGAGUCACAAGCAGACAAUUCAUAAGGUACCACUCAGUUUGAUUUGUUUCUUUUGUCUCUGUCUGCGUAGAUUUAGGUUUUACAAGAGCAAAUACACGUGACGGCCUGCGUCUCCAAGAGUAGAUUGACUACUGUCCCGUGAACUCACAAGUGCCCCUCUUCAGGUUUUGUAUUGUCAGUUAUUCCUGGUGAUAGGGAGAAAAUGAAGCCGAAAUGCACUAAAAGUGGGGAGUGUUUUAAUAGCUGAGUUCUCCUCUACAUGUCAUACAUUAAAUGUGAUGCAUUUUAUUGCUCAGACCUUAUAACAGGCCAUUGUAGAUGUGCUAUCCAUACCUCAUAUUGAGCAUUAAGUAUAUAUUUUUUUAACAUUUAUUUUAUUCUGUACACUUAUUUUGUAUAUCUGUCUAUGAGUGUGUUUUGUGAUGGUUAGAGCAGAAAGAGAUUUAACAGCUGUCAACGAACACAAAAGCAUAAGAAAACACUAUUGAUCUCUUGGUACACGGUUUGAAGGGGGUAAUGUUAUUCAGAGUAGGGUUGCUUUUCAGAUGACACAAUUUCUGUGAUUGGUUUGAGUUUUUUUUUAAUCCUGCACUUGCCCCUUUUUUCCCCCAGUUUCUGUGUUUUACAGUAUUUAGUUAUGUGCUCUCGCUGCAGUGGUUACUCCUGUUGAGAGACGGUCUCUGUGCAGCACUCAUUGUCUCUCAGUAACCUGACUCUUUCCAAUCCCUGGAGUUGUACACUGAAUGCUGCAGCCAAGAGUUUGUAAGAGAGAGGAAGGAAUCAGUAUGAAUUGAUACUGACUCAGCCCUGCAUCGGGGAGUGGCACAUUCCAUUACCAAGCUUAUCGAAACUACAGCUCGGCCAGGACAGAAGAAGUAAAGGAGAGCAGUGCAGCAGAAAUCUGCUUUAUUGCCAGGGAGGGAUGCCACUUUUUUUUUCACUGCCAUAAAAGUAGACUGCAGUCAAAUCCAAAUGCUGCAGGAAGAACAGCAAAUACCUCUGACCAAUGCAUGCAUAUGCGGUUUCAGUUCUAACCUUAGUGAUAUCUGCCUGCAGCAAGUAAGCAGCUUUUAUACUUUCAUUUGUCUGUGUACAUGUCGUCUGUCUGCUACUCAGAGGAAGUGUCAUUUGAAACCUCAUCUGUCCUCUGUGUAUGUGUGCGUGUGUCUGUGUGUGUUGCGAUCAUCAAGGAGAAGCGGCGUCUGGCCAUCCGUAAUGCAGCACAGCAGUGGGAGGGGGUCAGGGCCUGCCUGGAACUGCCACCAACUAACGGUGCUAAGGAAGAAGUCAGUCCAGAGAACAGCCCUGCCCACUGCCCCGCCCAGACCAACGGUCUCACACAGGAGCCAUCUCCUGAAGAACCCAGGUACACAACAUGUCAGAGGGAAACUGGGUCACUGAGGUCACUUGUCGAUGCUAAAGAAGGUCAUUGGCUGGAAGCAUAACCAGUGUCAAGAUGGACAUAUGUUUCUGAUCACCACCAUUUAGUUCUACUAAAUUUACAGACCUUGGGUCAUUUAGAGACUGAAUUUAAUUCAGUGUAAUCAGGCAUGGUCUAUAGGUUGUGAGCUGCAUUUCAUGUUUGUCCAGCUGGUACCUCAACAAUCAUUUGUUGGAUUGUACUGACUUGUAGACAUUCAAGUCCCUAAAUGAAGAAUCCUCCUGAUCUUAGAGAUUCCCUGAUUUUUCCAGAACUGGUAUUAGUAGAGGCAGUUGGAGAUUUUUCAAGUGAAAUGUCUCAGAAGUGGUUAGAUUGCUUUUCCAUUUGGCACGGAUAAAUCUGCUCCCCCGGGAUAUCAUGUAAUUACUUUGAUGGUCAUAAGUACUUCAUACUUUGUGUUUAACAGCCAGUUCUCACACGCUAAUAUAGUGAAGUAAAGUUCAGAACAUGGGAAACAUUUUCCAUUUUUAAUACCAGUACUUAGACGUUUAUAUUUGUCUUCAAACUUUCAGUUCAUACAGUAUACACUGUGUUUAAAGUGAUUUAACAUGGCAGAGGAGUUUGCUGUCUUCAAGCUGUGAAGCAGCCGGUUUAACCACAGUUUUCUGGCACAUGCACGGUUUUCCUUGUUCCAACAUGGAUAAUAAUAAGGCACUCUUUUAAUUUGGAGUUGAUUUGGCUGUAAAUGUGAAGAGUUUUAAUGGUAACCUGAAAACAAUGAUAAAUGCAUCAUAUAACGAGGUCAGAUUGGUAGAGGUAGUAAUAGGUGUAUAGCAAUUAAAAGUUUGCCCUUCUGAACAUUUAAGACAAAAUCAAUUCUCAGCUAUAGAGCAGUGCUAAAUAUGUAGAAGAGGGCGAUUUUUUUUACCUCAGCUGUUCAGUGAUCAUGACCUAGUGUGAAGGCUGUUAAAUUGGACACCAAAAUAGCCGGUAAAAGAUUUAUCAACAUAACAGAAGAGGGGAGAUCAUUUUAACUGUCAUUACCUUUGAUUUUCAUAGACAGCUAUAAUCAAGAGAAGAUGUAUGUACCUCAAAUUUACAUGAAAAAAGGAAGGAGAGAGACAAAGGAGAGACAUUUAUUAGGGUGAGUUAAGUGUAUGUACUGUUUUUGAAGAGCUGUGUGGUGUAUGAUGUAAUUAUCUCAAAUCUUGCAAUGUGUGGUUGUAAUUGGAGAGCAAAUUGUCAAUCAAAAUUUCCCCCUGUAAUUAGGAUUCAUUGAAUUCAAAAAAUUGUUAAAUUUAAGAUAAAAGGAACUGAAUUUACUCCAGAGGGGCAGUGCAGCUUUGCAGCCUACCAAUAAAACUUGAACAGAAGAACACAGUCAACAGCAGCAUCCAGACAUGUCAGUAACAAUCUGUUGUCAGGAGCUGUGUCAUAGAAGAAUGAAACAGAAAGUCCAGAGUCUACAUUUCUAAAUAGAUAAAUACAGCACCUUUAAAUGCAGCCUACAGACAGGCUUAUAAUCAGUAGCUGCUGUCAGCAUUUACAAAAAAAAACAAAACAGAAAAUUGUACAUUUAUAUUUCAAGAAACAGAAGAGACUAAAAUAUCAACAUAAGUGAGACUAGGAAAAUGUGGUCUUCAUGAUUUAUGAUUCCUUUGGCUUUUUGGACCCCUGUUUUUUCUAGAGGGAGUUCAAGUCUUUCAGCUUGACUCUGACGAUCUUAGACUAGACAUUAACAAUGCAAUAAAGACUGUUCAUGUCCUCUACAGACAACCCAUUAAACUCAGACAACCUAUUAAACUCCUCUAAUCUGGAUCUCCUUUUUAAUGUUUGCCUCUCUCAUCUGAGAGGAUCUUGGGAAGGUUACUUUGUUAUCUUGCUGAGCAUUUUAUUUCUUUUUUAUUUCCUUUUUUUAUCAGACGGGUGAGCCCAGGUUCAGGACCCGAGCGACCAUCAGGGGGGACUGAGAUCAGACUCCGCACCAACAGCCGUCCAAACAGCCCCCGAGAUCCAAAGUAAGAGAAAAACGCAUGUUUGUUUACACUCUCUCUGUUUCGUACAUCCACAUAAAGAUACAGAAAAAGCUACUCCUCUGUUGGACUCAGUGAUGAUGUUAAGACUGACUGACUAAACAAUCUGUUAACAAGGAUGGCAAAAACAUACCUCUUCUGGCAUUAGCGAGGCAGUUGUUUCUGUCCUUUUUUUCUUUUGGAUUUUUGUUGCCAAGGUUUAAAAACCUGCCAUGGUGACAUCUCUGUAGUAUGAAAGGAAUUUCGCUGCAGGCAGUGUUAUAUGAAUAAGCAUUGAUAAAAGAGGUUUAAAAACACAGACACUCAGAGGUGCAUGUGCAGAGUGAGAAUGUUGCACUGUGUUGGCAACAGGGCUUUAUCCAGAAAGAGUUUUGUAUGAAUGGAACCAAGGCCUUUUAUUUCAAGCUGGCUGGCUAGCGUUGCUGCUAUCACGUCAUCUGUAUUUCUGAAGACUUUUGUUGACACAUUGUAGAUGUGCUUUUUAUAAACAGUACUAAUCGGUUUAGUUUAUUCACCCCUCUUACAGAAAAAUAUUGGAUUUAUCAGUCAGCACAUGCAAGCUUUUAUUUUCAGUACUUUAUUCAGGGUUCCCUCACAAGUAUGGAAAAUAUGGAAGUAAUUUGAUCAAUUUCCAGGUAUUAAAAAGUAUGGUAAAUGAAAAAUAAAGUAUGGAAAAAUAUUAAGGUUUCCAGACUAUUACCACAGUAAAAAAAUACAGUUUUGUAGAAUAGAAAAGAAGGUAUUUCCAAAAGUAAUUAUAAAAAGUAGGGUAUGGAAAAGUAUGGAAAUUCGAACUGUGUAGGAACCCUGUUUAUUUGCUGUUCUUCCAUCGGCUUCCUUUCCUCUGUGUCUCAGAGAUUUCAUGCAAAGUUGCAGUUACUGGUGAAGGAAAAACAAACAGCUUAAUGACAUUUACAUCAUAUUACACAGGGUCAUACUCUCUGCACGCAGAUAAAUAUACAGACCACUGGAUACAAAAAAACUAACCCUGUCAUUUCUGAAAGAGGGUCACUGAGUGCUUUUCAUGAGCCAUUACCUUUAAUACUGCAAUCUACAGAAACUCAUAGUAACAGCUCACAGAAAAGACUGUGCACACAGACAAGUUAACCCGUAAACAGAUUUAGUCUCUGCAACAGCUGGUGCAUCUAAACUGUCUUGAAAUAUUCUUUAAGAACAAAGUCACCCCCCAGCUUACUCCACGGCUGCCUGGGGAAGCUUCUUGUGCGCUCUCUAGUUAUUUCACUGCAUGCACAAGUUGUCUGAGGACUGUUUUCUUCUUCCUCUGUUGAAAGUGCUCUAAAUCAACAGUCUGUGCUCGGUCUAACGUGAGCACAAGGCUCUGAUAUACUCUCUUACACAGGUUGUAUCUAGGUCUUGCAUGAGUUAUGAGGGGGGAGGCUGAGAUGAAAGUGGAGUCUGUGUCAAGGACUAUGAUUACAUGUUUCAGAAGAUGACUUCUUCCUGCUCCAGGAUAUGAAAAUGGCCCUAGAGCACAUCCCUCAAUGGCAAUGGCUUUAUUUUACAGGCUCUAUUAUAACUGCAGCCGUGUUGCUUAACAGGUUAUCCUGAUUAACAGAACUCACGCAAUUCAUGCUCCUUCAUUCUUGGGAGUUUGGGGUUGUAUUACUUUUGCUUGUGUAAUCUUAUAUUACAGAAUGUUAUGGAUCUUUACAACCCUGGCGACACCAUCCACUUGAAAAUUUAACUUGAAUAACAGGCAGGAUCUGUUACUGUAAGGUCAAAAGUUCAAAUCCUCAAAAACAACUGGGUGAAUGUUCAGUUGGUGGGAAAAUCAAACAGUGUUUUGUUCAACAGUGUGUGGGUUUAUUGAAGAGUUAAAAUGCAGCCCACGUAGUGAAGCUCAAAUGACCCCAGAUAGUUGCUGAAGUACUACACACUGCACAAAAUUACAUCAUCCCCCUCAUUGUAGUGCGUGAAGGGGGUGAUCGUGGGCAAACUUGACUCUAUUUUCUGACUCCCGUGACUCAGCACUCUUUCCUCCCCUUCGCUUGACACCAGACAUCAGGGUCUCAGGGUUGUGAUUUCCAAAAUAACACUAACAGAAGGAGAUUUUCUCUGUUGCACCAUUACAGCUUAUUCAAAAUCCUGUCACUCAAAAUCUCAACAGAUUGUCAGUUUUCAUUGAGAUCAGGGUCUGGACCCAACACAUCCGAGGAUGCGUAUAAUGAGAUAUGGAGUAAAGAUGAACAUGAAGUCAUCUCUGGAUGGCAUUAGCAGCCGGCUAUUCCGUCAAAUAAGAAUAACGUUGAAAGGAUUUAAACAGCACACUUAACAUGAUUGAGCUGAAGUUUUACAACAAGAAGUUAUGGGACAAUAGCUGGUUUCACUGCCAAAGUGUUACUGUGAUGAAGGCCCAACUUUACUCCUCUGUGAGCACUUCAGGAUUUAUUUGACUUCAUCAUCCCUGGAAGAGGGGAGUAGAGAAGUAAAGAAGUUAGUGCUCAGAAAUCUAAUACUGGAAUAUGUCACUGAGUUUGGAGUUAGGCGAUAAACCGAACAUUUACAGAUACCGAAAUUUACGACAAUAACUGACAUCAUUUAGCCCAUGUCAGUAUAUUUGGUGUCAAAAAAUAAAUAAAUAAAUAAAAGUUGAUUUUGGAUGUGUGUAGGUAGGCUAUGGUCGGAGACGUGACUCCACCCCAUCCAGUCCGUAACUAAGAGGGAAAGACAGGUGAGGAGAUGGAGGAUGGUUCAAAAGUUGUAGCGGCUGGAGUGGCAGCUAAUGUGGACAAAGUUAAUGUGGGAGGGGGUGAGCAGCUUGUGGAGUAGUUAUCGUCCAUUUAUUGUUAUCGAGGUGAAGUGCUUAAUACAGGGCUUGAAGACCUCCGGUACGGUGCCAGAAAUCUGGCUCGGGAUUUUUUUUUUCUAGACCUUAGUUAGUUAGAUCUGGAUUUGACCGGUAGAGGACAGCAUUGUGCUGGAAAGCAUACAUCCUGCCUGGAGAAGAAGAUGAAGAAGAAGAAGCGGAAGAAGAAAAAGGCACAUCAGCAAACAGCAAAUUUGAAAUUGGUAAAGUUGGAAAGAUAUUUACAGAUUUGGACUUCCGGGAUCAAUAACGCGAAGAUGAAAUGUUGUCUGAACACAAAUGAUGCCUCAUGUUCUAAUAGCACAGACUACUAGCUACAAGAAUCAAAAACCGAUUUGUUUUACAAAAACAUGCCUUUCUUUGAGCUGGAUGAAUAAUACUGAUCUCUUUGCGCAGCCAGCAGCCGGGGGAGUGCGCAGGGAUUGUCUGCAAAUUACAAUACAAGAGCAUGACGCUGCAACAGAAAUCAACAAUAAAAAAAAAAAAUCAACAUUAUACAGUAGAGACCCCAAAAUCACCACACACACCAAAUGACUCUACAUACUACAAUAUUAAUCAGUAGCUCCACUGUUAUAUAGUGUCCCCCCCCCCCCCCAAUAUAUAAUAUAUAUGUCUACAUAUUGUGACAUUGAUUCGAGGCCAUAUUGCCCAGCCCUAGUUUGGAGUUGGAGGGUUUUUGAAUGGUGCUGGGAUGCUGAACACGUGUCUCUCCAGGCAAACAAACCAAUGAUUCAUCUUUACAUUGUCUCAGAAGAAGUUCAGCAGGCUCCUCAAAUAGAUCCUGAAACAUUAUCUGCUGAUGAUCCGUCUUUUGCACUCAGCACCUAACAAACCUAACAUCCGCAACAUUAAGAGCCACUUGAAGCAGAUGUUUUCACUUUUCAACAGAGUGACAUGAUAUGUCGCUCUCAUGAUAUGACAGCUCAGAGAAAAAUGCUUCAUACGUGCCACCACGCAGGAUUAGGGCAACUGGAGGAGUGUGCGUGUUUGAGUGUUAUGAGCCAUGUCUUCUGAGGGAUUAAGUAGUGGAGAGAUGACAGAUGUCCUUUUAAAAACUCCUGCUGGAUUAAGUGAGAUAUCUCUAAUUGAAUUAGAUUCAGACUCUAAUAAGUGAGAGCAGGAUCCAUGUAACUGUGAAAGAUUUUGUCCUCACUGCCUUUCUCCCUUUUUCUCUCAGUGUUAGUCGCUGGGUUCAUGUCAGAGGGGAUUCAGGGCCACCUGGCUGCCUUUCAGCUGUGAUUACAAAGAGAACAAUAUGUUGCACCGUGUAGAGUGUGUUUCUGGCUCACAUCCAGGACCACAGGAGCACUCUAAUUCUUUACAUUACUUAUCUACACGUUACGCUGUAUCUCUUUCACCAGCUCCUCCAGGUUUGCUGCCUUUGGCACUCUAACAUCUUCAAGGCGUGGCAUUUCCCGACAAUUAAACUACAUUUCAACAUUUCAAGCUGAGAAAGUCCCAUGUUUCUUUCAGCUUUCUCUUGCAACAGGACACAGCUGGACUCAGCAGGUUAAAAGUUAUUCACUACCAGGUCUGUAAGAGCAUUACAAGUAUUAUUAGUUGAUACACUUACUGGUUUCUGAGUUAAUGAAAAACUAAGUCAUUUUAAAGUUUAAUGUUUGUAUAUCUUCUGUUUGUAGCUUCAUUUGUGGGGAGAAUCCACUAUUUUGUGUCAAAUCUAGCCCUUCUAUGCAUAGUGUCCACUAAAGUGGGAUGAAAUUUAAAAGCUCUUAAAACAAUUUAGGUGACAGUACCAUAUCACAACUACCAGCUAGUAAACCCUCUAACAUUUGUGUACAAAGCCUUGAGAUUAUUUUCCUAAUAUGCUUUUGUGAAUUUGAGACACUAUAUCAGGAAUUAAAAUUAAAGGAGGAGAUGCAUCAAAUACGUAGAAACCAGUGUAAAAUCAUUUUAUUCUUAGUCACUCAAACAUAAAGAGGAAUAUUUUUAGAAUCACAGUUGUCUUGUCCAUUUUUUUCUGUGACAUAAAAUACAUCUGUUUACUCCAGUGGGUGUUAAACAGUAAAAGGUACAGUCUAUUCCUCCAACAGGGCUAAUAUUCAUACUCUGCCGUAUAAUGUAUGUUAAGUUUAAAUGCAGAUAUGAUUGAAAAAGAGCUGUAAAACAACAGUUUUGGAUACCAAUCAAAUUUGGCCCUUUAUAUCAUGCUCACCCCCUGCAUUAAAUUGUACUUGGUCAAAUUAGACUUCUUUGAAGACAGGGAUUUAUUUUUUAAUUCUUUUCAGUGUGUAGUGGAAUAACAUUGCACAUUAAGUCAGAUGCAAGUAUAAUUAACAGGAAUAACAGACGGAGGUUGUGUUUUUGUGUUUCAUGUUAGUACUAUUUGUGUAUCCAUAUCAUUUGCUGAUAAAAAAUAUUUUGAAAGUGUUUUUGUGGGUUAAUGUUUAGUGUCAUAAAUUCUUAUUGGCAUGAUAAUUCACAUUUAAAAAAUAUCAGUAAAUAAUUGCCUUGUGGGUCAAUAAUUUGUCUAUGAAAAGGCUGGAAAUAUGUGGAAUUACAACAAGAAAACCAAGAAUUAAUUGACCCUUUGUUUUCUUUGCUUUGAGGGCUUUUCAGUCAAAGUUGGAAGUUGGCAACAGGAAAAAAAAUGAUAGGGAUGCUCACUCUGCAGUUAAAACCCUUAACAACCUCACACCACCAUCCCUUGACAUUUGAUUGAGACUGUUACCCUGGGUACAAGGAGGAUGUGUUUGGGUAUCAUGUGAGAGUAAUGUGUCUGGAUACAAGGAUGAUGAUUGAGUGGGAUAAUCCCUGUCAGUCAUUGGUUUAUUGGUGUUUAUCAGACUGUAUAACACGAUUAAUCUGGCUGUUGUGCUUUAUUGGCACAUGUAAUUUUUAGCCUUCUUUCAAAUUAAGCUGCGUUCCUCCCAAAGGAUGUGGAAAAUUAACUGAAGAGAUUAAAAUGGACUGAACUCUAAGCCAGGCUGUGGUUUGAGUCAUGUUGUAAAUUAAUGUAUACUUAAGUUCAUACAAACAAUCAGACCACACACAUGCAGUAUGGUUUAGACUGGUCCUGCACUUUGCCAUUCCCUGAAGCACCAGACCAUUCACCUGUCUUUUACACAUAAAUAACUAAGUUAAAGUCACCUGAGGCCAAAGCAGCACCCACUAAAUACCAGAUGUCAAAUAUACUGUGGGCAGGUGGAACAUUAUGAUGUGAUUAUUGUGAUGUUGACCACAUAUCAACAAUUCUCACUAUCUUCUUGUUUCAUAAAGAUACAGAAAAUCAGCUCUUUGUUUCUAAGUUGUUGGGAUUUUUUCAUUCAUUUUCUCUGAUUUCUGUAGAAAAAAAAAAUUUGAUGAUGAUAAAAAAGGUCUCCCCUUGCACUCUGCUUUUAUAUGGCACAUUCAUUUUAAAGAGCUUCCAGAUGGCCUUGCUGAACAGUCAAAUCUUAUAUGCUCUUUGUAUCAAACAGAAUUGAGAUGCCAUUAAAAUACUUUGAUUUGAUUUUCCACAUGUUGGCUAAGUAUGCAGGUGCAGCUAAUCAAUUUACAUCAGCAGGCAAUUGCAUCACACCUGCAAAGCAGUACUCUGGUGUGUGCAAUUUUCCACAGACCUCUUCACACUAUUAAUACGAACUAAAGAUAGGUUUCUGAGCAGACUGGCAUCCACCUGUGUCUGCCUGUCUGUCUGCUUGUCUGUCUAUGUCUGUCUAUUGUCUGCUUAUAUGGGACCCCCCCGACACACACACACACACACACACACACACACACACACACACACACACACACACACACACACACACACCUACACUCUGGGACACCAAGGUGAUCCCAGGCCAGGUGGGAUAUAUGAUCCCUCCAGUGAGCUCUUGGCCUACCCCAGGGCCUGCUCCCAGUUGGAUGUGCCAGAAACUCCUAUAAAGGGAGGCAUCUUUCUCAAAUGUCCGAAACCACCUUAAAUGACUUUAGACCAUUGUCCCUGAUUUGAAGGUGCUGACUCUUAUCCCAGCUGUGAACUACAUAUGCCUGUUGGAGAUACCAGCCUGAAGAAAGCAACAAAACCACAUCAGCUGCUAAAAGCAGAGGUGGAAUCUUGAGGUUCCCAAAGUAAAAACCAGUCUUCUCCUGGCUGCACCUUACAAUACUGUCCAUGAAGAUUGCAAACAAAAUCAGUGAUAAGGAGAGUGUUGGCUUCUACCAGGCCAACACACACUGAGAAAGUGUCUGACUUUGUGCCAAGUAUGUAAACACAACUCUCGGUUUGAUCACACAAACAGCAACAGCUGCAGGACCCAAUAUUUCAGCUGAACUCCCCACAAGAGUAAUGAUUGUAAACCUUCACCAGGUGUACAGUAUGUAUAGACUGGAUGGGCAAAGAUUAUGAAGUAGGUUUUAUUGCAGUCAUUUGAUUUCUUAAUCAACAAACAGGUAAUAAUUAUUUUACACUUUCAAUAAAGACUAGAAAAUUAAUUUUAAAUAUAGAAUAAUAGAGUUUGAAACGAUUGAAGUGCAAUAAUUGAUGUAAAUGAUAUUCUUUUCCAGCCCUUCUUUUGCUACAUUUGAAGUAAAUCAAACCUCUAUUAUCUGGAAUAACUUACAUUCAUGUAGAGACAAUUAAACAUGUUUCAUACCUUUCAUGUUGUGAGGCAGUUUGUGUUGAUGCUCAGAAAGUAGAUCUCUCUUUCUGUCACAGUUUGCCUCUCUCCCUGUCGUUUUUACCUAUUCUUGAUCCUCCUCUGUCAUUUAGUUUAAUUAUUUACUCAGCUCUAUGAAAUUAUGCCCUUUCCCCUUGACUGCUUAGCAAGGAGAGAAAACUUUUCCUUCUCUUUGGAUCAAAAAAGAGUCAGCUCCUGGGGGAUCAGUCUGACAGUCUACAACAAAGGUGGCCUUUUUCAAAGAAGCUUCAGUUACAGUUUAGAUUCAUUUUGUAUGAACUUCUCUAUUUGCGGUACGUUUAUUGUCAUUUUUUAUCUUCUUUUCUUUUUCUGUCCCUCAACACUCACAUUCUAAAAAUGGGUCUCAACAAGAAUCUGAGUCCUGCAAUCAAAGGAUUAGUCUUCUAACCACUUUGGCUCUCUGUUGCUGCAAGAUUGGGAGGGUGUGAAAUAUGAAUAGGGAUGAUUAGCUUGUUGGCGGGCUGAACCAAAAUUGAUCGGUGUUGAGUAGCGUGCAGCUAAAUCCAUCUCAUGCUCUGCUAUUCUGACAUUACCCUGAAUGUCAGCCCACCUUGAGGGAUGAGGACAUGAGCUCGGACAGGAGGGGAGAUAAUGUCUCCUUGAGAUUCACCUAGAUUCUCCACUCUCACGGCUCUCUUAUCUUGGAAGAGCUCUCCUACUGCAGAGCAAUUAGGCAAGACAAAUGGUACAUUGACUAGACUGCUCAUGUUCUGUACUAAUGUUGCUUUUUCUUCCUUCCAGCAUAAUGCCGUCUUUUUGAGACAAAUUUAAGCAAAGCACUUUCAGCUCAAAGAGAGUUAUCAGGUUUCACAGGGUAACAAAUUCUGUGCAUUCAACAUUCGCUUAUUUACAAAGGCUGUUUUUGUCUGUUUGUGUGUGUGUACUCUGUAGGCUUGUGGAGUCAGGUAGCGGCAGUGUGCAGAGCUUGUCCCUCUCUGAUAGUCACCUGGCAGAGCUGGAUGGAGACACUUUGCGCUUGUUUGGACUUGGAGCCCUGGAAGCCCUGGAGAGAGGCUGGGGGGUCCAGACUGCUGGUGCUGUCACUGUCAUAACCUUCCGCUACAUCAACUUUGACGCCAUUGUACCAACACUGCCGAGAAUAAGGGUCAAGUUCCCCAAUCUAUCGGUGAGGGCAGAAACCUUGUACUAAAAGGAGCCAUGGGUUACUGCUGAUAAAAUUUACCAAAGAAGAGCAAAAAAGGUUUGGUUAGAGUUAAUGCUUAAUGUAAUUCAAACACCAUGACAAUAAAGAACAAGGUGUUUGCUAAUGUAAACCCAAAAUAGUCUGAUAUUAGCAUAAAACUAAGGGAGUUAGAUAUACUUUUAAGAUGGGAUCCUCCUCUUUUUAGUAAAAACUUACCAUUACAAAAAUUUUGAGGAAAAGAGCAAAUUCAAAAACAAUGAAAAGACUUAAUUAGCAGUCACUGGUCAUGGUGAGGAUGAACAGAAGGGACUAAAGUACCCAAUUGAUAAUUUUGCUUUAGCUUCACACAGCUGCCUCAGGUGUGCUUUCUGGUUACCCUGGAAUUCAUUGAUGGUGUUCAAGAAACAAGUAUCAGUGUGAGUUGUGCAUGCUUCUGCCACGCAGAAAAAUUAAAGAUGGAGGAUCAUGUGUUUUUAUAUUUAAAAAAUCAAAUUUAAUGAUGGGUGUCAGUAUUAAAUGUGGAUGAAGAUUCAAACUGUGAGGGAAACUGGUUGGAGUAAUCCAAGGAUUAGACUGCUGGCUUCUUUGAACGACUUGUUCAAAAGUCACACGAGAACUACAUGAGAGUGACACCAGAUAUCCUCAAUUUGUGAUGUCAUCAAUUGGUAAAUCUACUUUUAAGAGCAUAAUAACCAUAGUAAUAUGUUGUUGCAUAUAUCCAUUUCGCACUACUUGUCGUUACAAAUAGAGAAGUUUAACUCAAUGAAGACCACUGUGUUUCAUGGCAACAGUGGAGGAAGCUUCUGGAGAGCUACCCAGUAGCCAGUCAGAAAAAAGUAGGCUCAUGGUGGGAAGAUCUAAGAGAUGCCGAAUGUGUUUAAAAGGAAGGACAUAUAAGUAAAUGUGACAGCGAUAUAACACCAUUAUCCAGUCUUUCAGGUACAAAGUUGCUGUGUAGUUUUACUGCUCUGACACAGAUUUUUUUUCACAGCAUCUGAUCUUCUUGGAAACCAACAUCAACCGUCUGCCCCAGCUGGCGGCCCUGGCUCAGGUGAGGCGACUGGACCAGCUGACCAUCCACCCAGAGGGCAACCCAGUGGUCAGUCUGGCUCUAUGGCGCUCCUUCACCAUCUACCGCCUCCACCAUUUCAACCUGCAGAGGAUCAACGGCCAGGAGGUGAGGACCAGCUCAGUUUUUGAGAAAUGUCCUUAUCAUACGUAAAGAUGGCCUGUCACAUUCACCCUGCAGGAUACCAAAUUACGAAGUCCGCUGUUGCAUCUGAUUAUAAGGCACCCAGCCAUGUUGACAUGAUGUGUGAAAAGAAAUAUUGUUUUUUUAAUUUGACAUUUAAAUUGUUAUUUUUUUAAUCAGACAAUUUCACACAAAAUUAAACACUGCUUUCUGCUGGAGAGUUGAGGGUUGAUGCGGUACUACUUCCAAGUGUAUCUGUUGUAUGCAGGGCUGCUUGAUUCUGCUAAUUGGCUUGGCCACGCACAAAUACUGGAAGCAGGCUGAGACAGCUAGCUCCUGUCUAGCACGUCUAAUGAACACUAGUCAUCAUGCCAUUCCUUUUUUUUGGACCUGUGAAACACUGGAAACCUCUCUUAUUAAACUGCCCAACAGAAAGAACAUGAGCUUAUUUUUAAGAAGUGAAACUAUUUGUUUUCUGUCCUCCUUUGAAACAUGGGCUCCUUUUUUAUUAAGCUAUGUACCUAAGGUUAAAGCCUAUAAAUUAACACCCUCUCAGGCUUAAUAUGAAAAAUGAUCUGAAACUGUCUUUCACUCACACAAAACUUGGCACAGAUGUACUUUAUUUUUUUCCUGAGGCAGUAACCUUUGACAAAAAAAUGUACCAUGACAAAUCUGUAGCUCUUACACUUGCGUUUUCAAAUUGUGGAAGUACACAUAGAGUGGCCAACCUAUCAAUCAUCUUCCUGUUGCAUCUUCAGAUUGUCAUUUGUGUGAUUCCCGCAGGUGACCAUGAAUGAUGUGAUUGCUGCAGAGCGUGUGUUUGGUACACUGGGUCAUAUAGCAGCCACUGAAACUCCUCGCUGCAGGCUCCUCGUGCUGCUAGAAGAGUCCAGGUGAGAACUUGAUCUCAGACGGAACCUAACAUUAACAGUUUGAUGGCAGGUGUGUUUCUGUCCUGAGCAGCUUAUGCUGCUCUUUUAAAUAUGUCAAGAAUGUUUGGAUUUUUAAAUGCGUAUUUGAGUUACAGCUUACUGCCUGUGUGAGUGAGUAGGCUACCAUACUUGUAUGUGCAUGCCUGUGCGCAGCGUGUUGCGUGUAUAUGUUCUUGCAUGUGUGUGUUAACAUUUAUGUGAGACAGCGAGACAGAGCCUGGCACCAGGGAGCCAGGGGAAUUAGACUAUGAGUCUCAGGGUAAGGGUGGGUACUUGGCACCAGGACACAAACAUUCCUCUCUCUCCUCAGCCAAGAGCUCUUGAGUGCUGUCACUCUAGUUUAAUGAACAACAUCCUUGCAAAAAGGAGCCAAAUUUGGAUAAAUUUGUCCCACAGAAGAAUACGUCUGAUGGCUCCUUUUGUCCUGCUGUUUUAGGCCAGGCUCACUUGUGAAAGGUCAGAAGCAAAGCUGCACCCAGUAUUGCUGUCUUACUGGAAAUUUCCCCAAAGACUUAUGAUUGGAAGUUGUAUGUCAUGUCGCUUAAAACAGCCUCCCACUUUGAUGGACGUAAUUUUGGGAAGUUAUUCAGUUAAAAGAGGAAGUCAGUGACAGUAACAUGCAGAUGUAAUAGAGAGGAUUAAUGGUGUAGGAAUAAAAGUGUCCAUAUAAAAAAUGCCUAAAUAUAAGUUGAACAAUGCAGAACUGUAUGUGAGCCUGGUUAAUAAAUUUCAGAUGCCAUAAUUUCCCUAAUAGCUCUUAAUGGUCUAUUCUCAAAAUGAACUUGAGCACAAUUGGCUCUCGGUCUAUUUCACUGUGAUUCAUACACUGUAACAGAUAGAUAACACACAACAUCCCCAGGCUACAGAUUAUUUUUGCAUCACUACCAAAAUCUUAAUCACAUUUAUCUGCAUGAAUCAUCAAGCCUGUAGCCAGUUUUCCCAUUUGUUACUCUAAAUGCUGUAAAAUUUGACCUCAGUUAUGAUUUCAAAAUAAGAAUCUCAGUGAAAUGGACAGAGGGGUUUGCCAGAGAUCAAUUUCCUUAUUUUUAAGAGCUGUGUCAAAGACAUCCUUUCUAAGAAUAACUUAAACUGAUACUUUCCCAUAAACCUAAUCUAUUUAGAAAAAAAAGCAAUUUAGGAGAACAGACUGUCUUUAAAUUUAAGUACCACUGAUAAAUUCUCUCAAUCCAAGAAACCACUUCUACAUGGCUCUUCAAAUAGGAUUAGCCAUAUCUAAAAAAUAGGGCCUAGAUUGUAAUGCUAUUUAAGCCGCGUAUAAUCCUUUAAUGUUGGAUUUUGGUUCUGGUUUGCAAUGGGGACAGUUCCCUGUCAUCAAUUUCUUGCCACAGAAUUUUAUGCUUUGCAAGUCAUUUUAACUGUCAAAUGAAAUGAAAAUACAGCAAAGUUAACAUAUUUAAAAUGUUGAAACUUUUUUUUUCCAUAAUGCUUCUUUUACUUGCUGCUAACAACAUGAUUCAAACAGGGUGGAACUAGGGAAUGUUUUCCAUUGUGUUGCAUCAGCUCUUCUUUUAAUAAAAGUCUGUAAACAUUGGAAACAAGGAAGAUCAGUUACUGGAGUUUGAAAAUAAAAUUUUGCAAUUUCAGCUAACCAACAGUUUGGGAUCCCUUUGUCGUAUUUUUUUUUUUCAUGAUGCACUGUUAUUUACAAUAGUUGACAAGUGAGGACUGCUUGCAGGUUAGCUUGGCACAGACUCUUUUACCAUGGAGCCACGCUGUUGUAAUAAAAGCAGAAGGUGGUUUCGUAUUGACUGAUGAAUCAAUGCCAAACGUUUUCUAAAUGGCAGGAUACAUUACGCCUAAACAGAUGUAUAUUGUCAACAGCUUUGCAUACGAUAUACACUAUGUAUAAAAUGCAUAAAUUUGAUGCUGGGCUUUGGCCCAGAGAAGUCACUGGUGUUUAGAUGAUGUUUAUAUCGGGUUUCCUUUUUGCAUGUUACUGUUUAACUUGCAGUUGUGGAUCGACCUACAAACUAUUGUUACCCAAAGGUGGACCUGUGGGGCUAACAACUAACCACACAUUGACCCAGUAAAAGUAACAAAAUACUUUCAAAAUUUAACCAAGAGAUUUAUUGUAACGAGAUCAAGAAUUAAAUCAUUCACCAGAGAUUAACUAAAGAACAGAUCAACAAGUCAACUAAAACAAAAAUAACCAAAACACGAAUGGAAGGCAGCUGGGCAGCAGUUCCCCACCCUAUUAAUUAUGGAAAUGAUCUUGAGUUCAUGCAGGGAUUUCCACUACAGAGUCAUGUCUGUUUCUAAUGCAAUGCUGCCUCAGGGAAAUCCUGAAAUUCUUUGCAGUUUAAUGCUAAGGAACGUUAUUUUGAAAUUUCUGAACUAUUUGCCUUCGCAGGCUCUUAUUGAGUGUCGAAUCCUUCCUUAACUUACUGACUGAGAGACAGCCUUUCUGGAGGGCCUUUUUUAUGCUUUGUCAUGUUAAUAACCUGUUGCAAAGUAAUUUCAUUGGUCUGAGGAUGUUGCUCUGGGUAUUUUUUGUAUCAUAACACAACCUCAAGUUCUGUCAUUGUCAACAUUUUACACAGCUUUUUUUGUAAUGCAUGUUGGAUACAAUCACUUUGUUAACCUACGAAUUUUAAAAGACAGACAAACUUAAAGCACUCUUUAGUCAGGACACGUGUGAGUAAAGGUUGUACUCAUAGUCUUAUUUGAACCUUAGAUUUCUGAGUAAUAUGUGUUGUGCUCCCUCCCUCUUGGAUAAUCUCAGCUCAAUUACUUUGUGAACAAGUUUGAAUAAGCUACAAACUAAACAGAACCGUUGUUCUAUUAAUGGGUAUUUGCACUCAACUACACAAAUAUCUGACUGAUAAACGCAGCAAUUUACUAAGAAAUUCUAUUUGACGAACCCAGAUGAACUCACACACACUCUACAAACUAUCUAAUGCUAUGUGGAAUGCUAGCCUGCAGCUCCAUCUGAAAAUACUAUUUCAGCAUCCUGGCACUGUCCUGUGGGACGUGUUGCUGCAGCAAUAUUUCACAUGAGAUUUCAUACAAAUAGACAGCAGCGGUUGGUUGUAGUUAACAUCACUUUCAAAUCAUUUACUUCUUUGUGAGUGCACACAUCCUGCUACCAGGUGAUAAGAAUGAAACUGAAACAUGCUGAAGACACUGAUUGUACUGCUGUUGGCUCCGGUGAGUUUCUGAGAAAGUCAGUUGUAGUGACUCCAACAGUUGUAAAGGGGACUGAGAAAGUUGUAUAUGGUUGACCCAAGAGCAGAAAUCUAUUACAUUUGGUUCAGUCACUCCCCCAAACAAGUGUUUAUGUCUCUAUCUUUAUGACUAUUAACUUUUCUUCAUCUUAUAGGAAACGUCAGCUGCAGUUCUUGUUGGAGGGGCGUGGGCGGCGGGCAGGGCUCAGUCCAGAGGAGUUACGAGACAACGGGAAGCUCCUAGGUGAAGGCUUGAGUAGAGCAUUGUUCAACUACCCAAACAGGGACUGCAGUGCAGAGAGCCCAGAGGUUAGUUCUUUUACUUGUUGAUUUUUUUUUAUCACAGAGAGGGAGAUUUGAGAGACUACUACAAUCGAUAGUUUGUGAAGGCUAAUUUGAGUCCCUUAUAAACCGAUUUACAAACCAGCAGCUCAAAAAGACACCAUUAAGGUACAGAGUGACAUAACCCCCAACAAUUAUCAUUCAAAUGGCUUCCUUCACUCAGCUGUGCCUGUGAACACUAUUUAAGUGGGCAUUUCUUGUUAUUCAUUGAUAAUUUAUGGAUUUAAUCAUGUGGAAAAAGAGAGCCGUCAGCAUUAAGACAUGGUUUCAUAUAUUUAACGCACCACCAAGUCCCACUCACCAUCCACCCAGUGUAAUUGGUGUUUGUGUAAGUGCGCACGUCCCAGGAAUAACUAUGUUGGCAACUGCCGUCACAGAUGUUCUGCUGAAUGCAAUAUUUCAACACCACAUCUGCUGCUGCCAGUGUGUUGUGGUUCAUAGUUGUGUUUAGAGUUGCAAACAAGUUAAUCUCUAUUUUCAUCAAUAAAGAUUACAUUUUCCAACCAACAGUAUUUCAAAACCUGAGGUACUGUACUGGGAAGAAUAGAAGACAACCCAGAUUUGAAGAUGAAUUCUAACAACAGCAAUAAAAGACUCAGUAAAUUUCACUGUGUAAGUUGUUGUUUUCAAUAGCUUUGACAGAAAGAAAUCUUUUCAAUAUUUUUUAGAUUAGAUGGAAUUAAAUAUGGUCACUUCCCAUGUUUCUUUUCUCCUGGGUCUGUUUAUUUUGCUCCACUUUUUCCAGCACACACCACUUUCUGCGUACUUUAAAUGUAACUAGUUGACUGCUAGUUCUUGUAUAUGACACAUUUGCUCAAGGCAUUCAAGCAAAGUUUUGUGUUGGAGUUUAUGUUAAAUGAAAUUCUUAAUUUGACAGAAAGUUUAAAUUUUUACUGUCAGUGCAUUCCAAAUAUCAGUUAUCCUUCUUGUAACUUUGAGUGAUCGGUAUCUUCUCUGAACCAAUAUCAGUCGACCCUUCACUUUGCUCUGUGACAGUGUCUAUUUAUAAUGUUUGAAAUCUCAGUAAUUAAGUAACUUGUCUUAUUUUACUCUGGUUAGCUGUGGGUGAUGCCUUGCAGCAUUCAUGAGAGGUACCCUUGCUUGUAUAUCAGACAGUGUGAUUCAAUAUUAGGGCAUUUUUUUGGUAUCUGUAUCAUUGAUUUUACCUUUUUUUUUUUCCUUUUAAGAUCAAAUUUUGUCAACAAGCUUCCAACAGGGACUUUUUUCACUGGGUACAUAUUUGAACCUAAGCCAAAGUAACCUUAAUUCCUAAUGCAGUGCCGUUAGUUGCAGUGGAUAGAUAAAUCUAACAUUGCUUCAGGUUGUAUCACAUUUUUGGUGAAUAUAUUUUAUUCAUUAGCCAUGUCUGAACCAUUGAUGCCUGACAUGACUUAUACUGUAACAGGUUGGGGUACAUUGAUUAAUGUCAUGUAAAGUAAGAGGGAUGUUUUAUCAAUGAAAUUUAAACACAGCAUGUAGUUUAGUGCUUGAGGUGCAGAAAUGUGUAAAAUGAACAAGUCAUAGGUCAUUUAUCAUUGGCUGUCAAAAGCCAGGCUUUUUGGGUACAACGCAUCUCUCUUUGACAUUACUAUAUAUCAUCACACAUGGCUAGCGUGGGAGACGUCAUCUACAAUUCUACAGUUUCAUUUAGCAGAUGCUUAAUCCAAAGCUACAUUCAUCUAGUUAUAUGUACAACACAUGCACGGACUCUGAUAGAAGUCCACAAACUUCUCCGAUCCAGUUGGACUCAGGCACUGACAUGCAAUGAAACAGGCAAAGCUGUUUUGGUUUUCCUAUUUUCCAUUUAUGUCAUCAUUCCCACAGCCACAACAACAAAUCAUUUAUCCUCCAGAUUCCUGCUGAGCCCUGAUAUCAUCACAAUUAUCAUCAUGAUCCCUACCAAUGCCAUCGUCAUCAACAUCAUUCAAAGCAUUUAUACUCUCAAGUGCGAGGGGAUUCACAAAAGUACUGAGUCUAAGAGUUUCUAACUGUAGAAUGGGACUCUGUGGAUCAGAAAUUAUAGUGUAUACACAUGCUUCCACAGGGGACCACAGAAGAUAAGAGUUUAGCUUAAGUGCUUAAGUGUUCCCAAAGAGCUGGGUUUGUAGCUUCUUCUUCAAAGUAGAAAUGGACUCUAAGUAUUAUAUGGAGUUUUGUAAUUUAUUCCACCACUGGAAGAACAACAGAGGAGGAGAGUUUGGCUUGUGACCCUGAUAUGAUGGAAGGACCAGGCAUCUUUUAUUGGUAGUGCGUAGUGGGCGGAAAGUGUAGACCUAGACCUGGAUGGGGAGUUCCAAGCAGGAGGAGCUGUGUUUGUUACUGAGUUAGGAAACAAAAAGCAAGGUUUUGAAUUUGAUGCAAACAGCAACUGGAAGCAUGUGGAGAGAUAUGAGCAGUGGAGUGACUUGCUGUUUGGGGUUGGUUGAAGGCUAGUUGAGUUACUGAGUUCAGUAUCGUCUGUACAGGUUUGAAUGUGCAUGUAGGGAGGCCUGCCAGUAAGGAGUUGCAGUAGUCAAUGUGCUCUAAUAUGAGAACCUGUACAAGGAGCUGUACAUGCUCUGAUAGGUAGGGCUUCGUGUUUCUGAUUUUAUUCAGGGUGUGUUAUAAAGGUAUGCCUAAAUGAUAGAAGACAAAUGAACCUUAAAAGUUGACGGAGCAUCUUUCAUGACACCCACGUUCAGAUCAGACUUACAGGCAUAAGUUUGAUCAAACUGGAUAUUGAUCCGUGGUUGUAUGUAAAGACUGGCUGGCAUGACAAGAAACUCAGUUUGGAAAACGUAGAGCUGAUGAUAGCGUUUUAUCAUCUUUUUGGAAAUAUUAGUAAAGCAUGAUGAAACCAGUAUCAUUUGCAUGGCAGCAUUUUGAGAACACAUGAGUGUGGAUUAUUCCAACAAGUGUGGUGGUGUAUAUAGGAAAUAGAAGUGGACCAAGCACUGACCCUUGAGGCACCCCUGUUGACAAGACAUACGGGUUUUGACACUCCUUCCCUCCACUAUACUCUAAAAAAAACAUCCGUAGCCUACCGUUUCUGUAGAGAGGGCCUGCUUAAAGCUGGGAUGAUUUGGGUCAAUGGGUCAUUUCCGUAUGGAAAUUCAGGACCUCAUUAAUGGAUGUGUACUCAAGACUUUUGGACAAGAAAGACACAAGUGAAACUUGCCUGUAGUUUCCAACCUUAGCUAUGCUGGGUGUAGGAAGGGUUUUUUUUGAGUGGUGGGAUUUGAGCUUGCUUGAAUGCUGCAGCGAAAACACCAGAUGACACUGAGGAGUUCAUAAUGUAAGCCACAGCAAGGUAAGGUGUAAGAGAAAUGGUCUGCAAGAGACUUUUAGGUAUUGAGUCCAGUGUUGGGUCAGGGAGUCCAGCACAAGUCUGGAGACCUCAGACUGGAUCAGAGGAGAAAAUAAGGCAACAUAGGCAGUAUUAGUGCAUAGCUGCAAGCUGAGGCAGUCAGGCUCAGAGAAUUGAUUACUUAUGGUUGUAACCUUAUCAGUGAAGCAGGAGCCAAACAAGUGUGGAGUCAGCAGAGUGAAGGCUGAGGUAGCUGAAGAGAAAAGUGAGUUAAAAAAUGAGUACAAUGUUCGUGCAUCUGUGGCAGCACAGAUCUUGCUUUAAUAGAAUCUGACUUCAGUAAAAAAACAUUCAGGAUGUUCCUUUUUUUAUACCUCGCAGUAUGCUUAGGCAGUUAUGUUAAACAUUUGUAGGCUUAACCUUACAUUGGAUUAGUCUAAUCAAUGCACCGUUUUAUUUUGAUCCAGAUUGUCAUCAUAUAAAAAUGUUCAAACUACUUCAACUGGGAUUAUUCUGCCACAAAUGUUACGUUGUAAUAAAAACUAAAUCAGUGUAUGUGGUAUUCUCUUGUUCACCUCACAGGAGGGCAGUGUAGAGUCAUCGGAGCGUGCCGCCACAGUAGAGCAGUACCUCCAAGAGUUGGUCCAAAGGGCGUCAGACACCUAUAUGAAGGAGGAGGCUCUGCACAAGCUCUGGCCCUCCAUGUUUGCAGAGAUGGUGAGGGACUGUGUGUUGGAGAUGAGGGACCGAGCCGCCUUCCGCCAAGCCAGCCUUGCAAAGAUCUCCCAGACCAAGUGA